UGUUUCCUGCUGCAGAGUGAAGAAGACUUACCUGAGCAGGUGACUUUCAUCACUCACCUAUCAGCUGAUUGGACGCUGUCAACUCACCUGGACCAUCGGAGUGUUUUGGGCUGUUUAAGCUCUUUUUUUAAAUCUCGGACGUGUUACACUGCUAUAUUUCCUGUAAUGAGCUCAUCCUGCAGCCGGUGAGUCAAUCAUCAAAUAGACGCUAUCAGGUCACGUUUGCCGGUUCUGUUCUACCUGCCUGACGUUGUUUCCGGGUUUGUAAGGCUGUGUCAGACUGUUCGUUGUAUGAGCAGAGGAAACCUAAGUUUCAAAGGUCUCCUGAGCUUGAACUCCCGCUCUGUGUGUGUGUGUGUGUGUGUCAUUUGAAGCUCAUGCUGUUUUCAGGAAACAUGUAGCCUCAUGCGAGACCGUGAGGGUAACAAUUUAGACUCUGCAGCCAAGGAACCGGUUUGAAUGUGUGUUCGUGCACAGAUGAGUGUGUCCGUGGGUGAGCGUGUGUGAGAAACAGAGACAUUCAUUGACUCCAGGCUGCUGCUGUUGGGAGUGUAUCCAGUGUCCUGUGUGUCCUCAGGACAGGUGUUUUCACAGCGAUGUGUGUUUGUGUGCCUGUGUCCCCCUGUUGCCAUGGUUGCAGUUGCACGUAACAGCCUCUCAAGUCUGGAAGAAUCGAUUUUUACCGUGUUAUUUAUUUAUCUAAUCAAUAUUGUAAAUCUCGGAGCCAUCCCAGCUGAAGAUCAUCUAAAGAAGAUAGACUUGGUGAUUGAUCUGCGAUUGAUUUAUGGGUGAACUAACAGACUGAGCAGCAUUAGUCUGAUUGAUUUAUGCUGAGGAUGAAGCCUCUUGGGCCAAAGCCUCUGAUUUGCAAAGAAAAAGAUGGUACGAGUGAGGUUUGUAGUUAACAUGUCAGAUCGGGUUGUUUCUGCAGAAGCAGAGCUGCACACUGGGCUGAGUUUGUUGCAUUUAGGCGAUGAAACACCUUAAUUUCACUGGCUUUGGUUUGGUGGAUUGACUUCUUCUUUGGUGUUCAUUGUUAUCAUUUAAGAGACAAAUUACUGCUGCAGAUUAAAAUUCAGAGACAAGAGGAUCAACAAAAAAAGCAUAGAAAUCGUAAAUCAGCAGAUCCAGUUCAGGGGGUUCUUACUAUAGCUUGUAAAACUGGAGAACUUAUUGACUUAAGUAAUUGAGUCAAAAGUAUAAUUCAUGUCUGUAACACAAAAGCAUUUUUUGUGUCAUUCGUCACAGUCUUUACUCUCCAUUGGCAUGAAUAGCUUACCUCCAGGGCUCUCUGGCAGAAAAUACUUUUGCUCACACCCAGAUGGAUCUCUGCACGUGUCCCGUGUGCGACAGUGUUAAUGUGUUUUAGCCCAACCCACGACCUUUCCUGAAAGCAAUCACUUUAGUCAGAAAAGUUUGGCUGUAUGUGGGCACUGAAUCGCCCUGUGAGGUUCAGAGGGGAAGACUGUGGCUUUGGUUGAAUCAAAGAGGCUGUAGAUCAAGAAAACCAUUUUUGUUAUAAAGGUGCCUAAAUUUAUCUGUAGAAAGCAAUGGCCUUGAUGAAAUCCACCAAACUAUUCAGCUUUUGAUGAAUGUCUUUGAACAAAUCAAUCAUCGCAAGGAUAUAAUAUGUGGCGUGGCAUGGAGGUGACUGGCCUGGAGUUCUGCUGAGGUGUUAUUGUAGCUCCUUCUGCUGGUCUGCCGUCUUGGGUCUGCCAUUAUUUAUUGUCUUCCCAUGGAGUCUCUUUGGGGUUCAGCUUGACCCAGUUAGCUGGCCAAUCAAGUGCAGUUAUAUCAUGAUCAGCAAACUAUUUGAUGGGAGCUUUGGCACUGUGGGCAGGUGCUAAGCCCUGCUGGUUUUACAUUCAUACAGACAGCUUAAAUCAUAUCAAAUAGAUUUUUGGAAAGAAGUUCUGGUCCAUUUUAUGUCUGGGCCACCCUGUUGGGUUUAUUUUUGGCAUAAUCACCUGCUCACUAUACAUUAUUCUUUACCUAGAAAGUAUGGGUGUUUCUCAAGUUUUGAGUGAGACUGAACAAAGGCAGUACAUGUAAAAGAGAGUCCUAUAAAAUGAGGUGCUUUACCUCUGACCCCAGGCCAAACCUGAGGCCAUGUGGGGGUGAGUGUCCUGAAUAAUUAGACAGAGGCUGAAGUGUUCAGACAUUUUCAAGCUUUUCUUCAGAAAGGGAUAAAAUAUUGUCUGUUUUUUAACCACUAAAUUGUUUGAAAACUGGUAUGUGAAAGCAUCUUCUGGCCUUAGAAAAACUAUGACUUAUAACAUGACAUGGUUGCAAUAAAUUCCAGCAGUUAUUUCUCCAGCAGGUGAUGUCAGGGUACGUCAAAGGUCCUCCCAGCUUAUUAUCUUAACCUCACCAUGAAAACAAACAAACAGAGGCUGUCAUUGGCUCUCACAGAUGCAGUCUCAGUUGGCUGUGGUGCGGCUGUUCUACAGGAAUGUGACUCUGUGGUGUGGUGUUAAAACCGUCUCUCCUCCUAAUGACAGAACAACAACUCGCUGAGCCGCUUGGUCCUCUGCCAGCAGACCGAUCCUCUGCCACACCUGAACUGAAGAAACAAUUAAACCUGCCGCUGUUUGUCUCUGUCUGUGGUCUCUGCAGGAGUCACACAUCUCCUCUGAGGUGAACUGAUGGCUAUGAUGAACGUGCAGACUUCCUCACAUGUUCAUGACUUGGUGCUGCAUCAGUUACACAGCUGAUCAAAAGGAGUGGUGUCCUUUCUAGUGUGAAUAUAGUGCACUCACCUCAGACCACUCCACAUAAAAUCAUCAGUAACAGUGAUGAUAAGCUUGGGAAAAGAAUAGCUCUGUGUUUUACACUCUCAGAUGCAUGACGCCGGAUCAUUUUCUGUUUUCUGAGGUUUAUUGUCUCAUUCUUUGCAUGUUGGGUUGGGUUUUGAUCGUUGCAUCAUCACAACACACCACUGAAGAAGAAAAAUAGGGCACUGCUGUUUUCAAACUCAGCUUAAAGCCUCUGAGCUUCACAAAGCUCUGCUUAGAGUUUAAAAAUUCAUUUGACUGUCAGACAGAGAUGGUUCAUCUGUUCACUCACAGUGAAGCUCUUCCGCUGUAAAUGCUUUAGAACGCAGCUCAGCAUGUAUGUGAGUUACUUCACCAAAGUUGGGACGCUGUUUAAAAAGUUAAUCUAAACAGAAUUUAAUGGUUUGUGUUAAAUACUGCAAAGACACUGAAAGUUUCUAUUGCAUUAUUUCAGAUAUUAUGUUGCCAGAAACACAGAUCAAAAAAGGUGUGAAAGGGACAUGUUUACCAUCAUGUUGCAUCAGCUCUUCUUUCACCAACUCUCUGUAAACAUGAGUGAACCCAGGAGACCAGUUUCAGGGGUCUGAAUACGGAACGUUGUCCGAGGAUUUCAGCUCAGAUAUUCAGGAUCUCCUUUGUCCUGUUUGUGAUGUCAUGAUGCUCCAAAUGUGUUCAGUCAGGACUAUAGACAGACCAGUUUCUCAGCAGGACUCUUCUCCUACAGAGCCAUGCUGUUGUAAUCCCUGCAGAAUAUUUUGUCAUAGUCUUGCUGAAAUAUGAUGGUCUUCCCUAAAAAAAAGUCUUUGUCUGGAUGGCAGCAGAUGUUGCUCCUAAACCUGUAGAUAUUGUUCAGCAUUAAUGGAGCCUUCACAGAUGUGGAAGAUACCCAUGACAUGGACUCUUGAUGAUCCCCAUACCAUCAGGGAUGCUGGAUUUGGACUGGGAGGUGGUUAUAACCCGGGUGGUCCCUAAGCUCUGCAGAGCGGUGGAUUCAGCAUCCAUGGUUUCCAAAAAGACUGUCAAUUUGUCAGACCAUGGGUCCAGGUCCAGAGAAGUCUCUGGUGUCCCUAGAUCGUGUUUGUAUCUAGUUUCCUCUUUGCAUAGAUUGAUUUAACAUGCUUUACUGUGUUUUGAGGAACAACUGAACCCAUGCGGUGAAUUUCAUUGUUAGAGUGGAUAUUUUUCAGUAAAACAAAAACAUGUUUAAGUUUCGGUGUCUGAUUUGUUGUCAGCACUAUCUUAAAUAAUAUAUUAGCUUUCAAUAAGUUGCAAACCAACAAAAUGUGUUUUUAUCAACAUUUAUACACAACUAUUAUUGGAUUGGGAUUGUACAAUUGUCAAAAGAAAAAAAAAAGGCCCAGCUGUUUGGAAAAUCUUGACUGAAUUGUUUUGAAAAAAAUCAGAAAUACAGUUAACUUACAUCUAAUUACUUCAUCUUUACAUCCAAACAAGUUUCCCCUGCAAAACAUCUUGGCUGGUUGGUGUGGGUGUUAAAGAUAUUCAUCUAAUUGAGUACUUACAUGUGAUCACCUUUAGACUGAAAUGAACAAGUAUCAUGGAUCUUCUUACAGUUUCUAGAAAUCAUUAGGAGACAGUCUUGAGAGUGUUAGUGUGCAGAGUUGUGGUGAGCUGCAGGUAACAGCAGCCGUGAAGCUGGAGGUAGCAGCGAUUUAAUGAUGUAAUAACAUUAUGUGUUGUUAUGGCUGUCAGAGGGGACAUCAGCCUGCAGAUGUUAGCUUGCACACAGUCUGGGUGGACUGCUGCCAUCAUGACAGAGGGAGGGAGGGGGGGGGGGGGGGGGCUCAGGUAAUCUGAGUCAUAAUGAAGCCCAGCAGCCUCAGAGACACCACCAAAAAAAAACACAUUAUCAUGUUGAAGACGUUCUCAUCGACUCACAGCCUGCUCUGCUUCUUCACUCUAAACUCAGCUCAGUCAUCUUCUCUCCUCUUCCUCCUUCUGCUGUCUUACUCUUAAAACUCUACUAAUCAGUAUUUGUUUUAGCUGCUGCCUCAGGACUCAUUAUUACAGCAACUGUCUCUAGACUCACCGAUCUGUGCAGGCAGCUGAAGUCAAUACCAUCCAUGGUCCAGUCUGCUGUUAAAAGUUGGACCACAGGUUUUAAAUGUUUAUGUCUCACUAGGAUAUAGUUUUACUUUCACUUAACCCGAAUUAAAAAAAACUCCCUGACAUUAAAAAUCCCUUAGAGUGAGGUGAAGGUUUGAAAUGAAGAAAUGAAACCCCAUUUUGUAGGAUCCUUGACUUGCUUUUUAAAUGUUUGAGAUAAAACAUUAUUUAAUCAAAUUACAACACUGAGAAUUUUCUACCCCCUAAAUAAUAAAAAAAGAGGAAAAGUGCCCUUUUGGUUGUUUAACCAUAUUCUAGUGUUUGAUAAGCUGGCCUACAAGAUUCCUUAGUUAAUAUUGUCACUCCAUUAAGUCUUUAUUUUGUUGAAGCAUUAAAUCAGUUUAGUCUAUGACUCACUUUCAAUAAUUGUAUGAAAACUAACUAAAGUCAGAGCCCUUUCCAGAAAGUGAUAUUUGUGUAUAAAUAACUUCCCACCUCUAAAUGUUGAAUAGAUAUUCAUCAGAAAUGUCAGAUGAUUAAAAUUUCCUGAGAAAGAACCACCACACCCAGAUAAAUUUGUGUCUAUUAGGACACUCUGUAACCUCCAGGCUUCCUGCUGUCCAGGGUUGCAGAAAUGACAAAUCUACCAGCCCUCUAUUAUUUUUGACAAGCUGGAACUGGUCUUCUGUUGAGCAACAGAAACAAAGAAGUGAAGAGUUACAAAAAAAGUCUUCAAAAUGCUGCUGGAGGCAGUUUUUUAUUAAUCAGAACUCUUUCUCCUCUUUCUGCUCCUCUCCCUGCUCUCUUCUCUUAAACUUGCUUUCUCGUUGAAUUGAGUUGCAGAAACAUCUGAGAGGAAAUCGGACACUUAGAACAUUAAGAGCUUAAUUUUUGUCCUUCAUUGAUAAAGCUUCAUUGUCACAGUUUCGGGUGAGAACAGGGUCAAACUGUUUUCUCGCUGUGUUUCAGCCUCUCAGGUAACAUGAACAAUCAGCUCAGGUGACUGGAGUGAAACUGUAGCCACAGUUCACUGAAAUGUGACACAGUUACAGUGAGAAAGCUGCAGCUCUGUUCACCUGAGCUGGGUGACAUCAUUCAGGUUUCAGUGAUACUGUACACCUCCAUCAGAGUGUGACCUGAGAGUAUGACACAGUUAGAUCUGCUGACCCUGCAGCCAUGAGGGCCAGACUUUGUCCACACCCCUGACCGAACAUCUCUAAUAUAAGAGACCUCAGAGCUUUGAACUCAGCAUCAUUAUCAUUUCUGUAUUGAGCUAUAGUGGAGUGUAUUGACAGCACAGAGCGAGCUGGCUGACAAAGACCCUGCUGGAUUUAAGACUCAGCAUUUGGAUUUCAGGUUUCUCUUGUACACAAAUAAAGGCCUGACCAAACAGCUGGUGAAAUAUAAGAAUAACUCAAAGGCCAAACAGUUUGGUUAUUAUCUUUUAUGUGAGAAAAUCAGCUCAUGGAGCAGCACAGGAGAGCUGUACCAAAGGUAAUCAGUAUGCAUCAGCGAGGCACGUAAAUAAAAGAGGAAUCUCUUUUUCUCUCUGGGUGUGGCUUCAUGUUGUGACUGUUAAAUGUCGGCCUUAAUUAGAGGUCUGUGUGCAUAAUUGAUGGUCUGAUUACUUGUGCAGUAAAAUACUUUCUUUUUAUUGGUUUUCAAUCAUCAUUAUCGAUCUACCCAAACUCUCUUCUGCAGAAGUUUUCUGUAGAAAUCAAAAGCCUUUUUCACAUGUGCAACCCUAAAAAUCCCCGCCCCCCCCAGUAUUUCCUGCUGCGUCCUCACAUCAGAUCACUCUGACUUGCAGUGAAAAUUUUACUUCAGAAAAUUGUCCAGGGGAAGUUCAGGUAGAACUUAUUGCUAUUUGCAAUCACACACAUAACCCACUCUGAAAAUUUCAGGAAGUGUUGAGGAGUCAGUGUUAAUUGCAUGUUUGAAAACUACAACAGAGUAUUUAGGCCAUGUUAAGGAAGAAAUGCAGACAAGAUUGGAAGAAUAGAGUUGCAAAUUUGAGAAUCAAGUUGUAAAACCGCGUUAUUGUGAGAAUGAGGCUGGAGUAUUAAAGGAAAAAAAGAUGACAUUUUAGCAAUAAAGUUAUAAAUAUGAGAGAAAGUCCGGUUUCCCUUGAAUGAUAUUGUUGUUGCAGCCAUUACAGCCAGUUUCAGGGCUGCAGGCGGAAGAAAUUCUAAAUAUUUUAUCUUCUAUCCAAAUACAUCAGAAACAGUCCAGGUUACAUAAACUGGAAUCUCCCUGUAAGAUUUUGUCAUGUUUUAGUCUUCAGACGAACAUUUCUCGUCAGAUUCAGGGACGUGUCCUCGCGCUUUCCCUCACUCUCUGCCUGUGAUCCUUUCUUCUUAUCCACCUCUCAAACACCUUCCCUUUUCAGGCCGUAUAAUUCACCGCACUCUGCUGCCUCCUGACGCCACUUCCAGCUUAGUUAGUUUAACAUUCAAAUCUGCAGGAGCAUUGACGUAUUUGGGUCAUGAGAUUAAGAUCUGCUCGGUAAAAAAGCUCCUCUGACACCUUUUGAAACUUCAAAGUCCUGCUCUGCCUGCAACCACAUUUGACACUAUCACUGAGCCCAGAAUGAUGAAGUCAUAUCAGUCUAAUAUUCUUAAAUAAAUCAAAACUGGAAAUGCUAAAAUUGCAGGGAUUAACGCGAUCUUGGUAUUUGCAAAACUAAUUUUAGCAAUUCGGGAAGUAAAAUAAAAAAAUGUAGUUAUUAAAGGUCAUCAAACCUCAUAGCCACUUUACAAUAAAACACCUGCAUCAACAUGACAAGCUGGGCAUGCUAACAACUCACUGGCCUAUAAUAAGAGUUUACCUCAGGCAAAUAUGAUCAUAAUGACUCAUUAAGUGCUGAGGAGUGUCAGCUCUCUGCAAGGUCAGCCCAUGAGCUGCAUUGGAGGUGCUUUUCAAAGUGUAGACAAUAUCACCUGAAGAAAUGGAGCAUGAUACUUGAAAAGAAACAACUGAUGAUCUACUGGAGUCUGCAGGGAAAUCCCAAUAUUCUUUAUACUGUGUGGAUGCAUUUUAUUAAAGUCUGGACACUGUAUGGUGUGUCAUGUUUUGGAGGUCAGGGGUUCAAUCACAGUGAAAUCAGCUGCUCCCGACUGGUUGAAUGAAUUUCUGGCAUGUUUGAAAUUUUGAUUGAUUAACCAAAACAAUGUUUUUAAAUACAAAAGUCUCUUUCUCAACUGUAUGGAGUGGACUGUGAAGGUGCAGAGUAAAUGGGCAAAUUUAAAAAUUGUGGGAUGCAAAGUGCCUGAAAACCACAAGAAAUGUUUAGGAGUGCAAAUGUGAAAGGGCGAACAGGCACCUUUACAGUGAAGGAUGUUCAUUCUGAAACAUGUGUUCACGCUGUCCAUUCAGGAGUUUUUACUAUGACAUUAUAUCAUCACUAAAAUUCACACACUGCAAGUCAGAAAGUCAGAAGACCUGCUGCAUAACCUCAUCACCAUAUCUGCUUCCAUCAGCUGCUGAGAGUCGUUCUCAUCAAAUGCAUGAUUUCUCUCUUUUCUCCUUUCUUUUCUUCAUAAAAACAAUGAAUCACUGAGCCAUGGUGUGGCAUGGAUGGAUUUUUACUUCUCAGGUAGGAACCAUCAGGCCUGCUGAGCCAUAAAACAGAAACAGCAGACCAUGCUUUGGCCUUUUCUCAGGAUUUGCUGACAAGAAAAAUACAGAAUAUCAUUUUUUGAACAUUUUUCUCCUUUCCCCUGCAGCUUUGGUGAUAAGUUUUCUCUCUGUCAGUUAUUUUCAGGAUGAUUUGUAAACUGUUCACCCUCCAGAUGUUCUCACUGUCUCCUUUCUUUCCUUUGACUUUUCUGCAGAGUUCGAAAGCAGAGAUCAGGUUGCAUUUAGCCCCCCUCUUCUCUUUCUUUCUCUCUCUCUCUCUCUUUCUCUCUAUCUCUCGCUCUCUCUUUCUGAGUUUGAGGAGGACAGAAAGGCUGCUUGUUCCCUGCCUGCCUCCUUUUGUCUGGAUGAGACAAAGCUCUGACUCUGAGGGCAGGAGGAGGAGGAGGAGGAGGGAGAUGUGUAAGAGGGACAAAGACAGACAUGGAGCCAGUCAGUUUCUUGCAACAAAGCUAAAAAAAGAUUAGUGUUUAAACAAGUGAUGGCAGAAACAUUUCACUGGACAUAAAAGUCCUUUUAAUCUGAGAGAAAAAGAAAAAGUACAGGCAAGUUUUUUUUUUUUGUAACUCAAUUGGAAAAACUUGCGUAGUGCUGUUUGCUGUAUAAGAAGACAGCAGUAUGAAUCUGACUUGAAGAGUUGUUAGUGUUUGCAGGAUUCAUUUUUGCAUCUUAUCCCACCCCAAAAAAAAUCCGUUUUAAUUCACAGUUAAGAGUAAUCUGCUUUUGCUUGUCCUGGUUUCAGGUUUUUGUUUGACCUCAGAUUCUGCAGGUAGUGAUGUCCUGAGGGGACAAAGCCGUACUGUAGUGUGUGUCGCCAGACCUUAUGUUGCUCACACACACACACACACACACACACACACACACACACACACACACACACACACACACAGAUGUCAGUGCAGGCUGCCCAUGGCUGUACACUUGUAGUUUUUACACCAUGUCUGUGAUUCAGAGUGCUCAGAAGGUGACGAAGAGGAGGAGAAGAGUGCGUCAGUGUUGAAGAGCUGGGUGAGAGGAAAUUUAAGUUUCACCUUCAGUUCACUGUCAAGGGCAAAUAACAGCGUCUUUGAAAGAAGUUGUUACAGGAUCAUGUUUCCCAUUGUGUGUCAUCAACUCUUCUUUCACCAACUCUGCAAACUUUAGUGAACCUGUAGAUAUUGUUCAGCAUUAAUGGAGCCUUCACAGAUGUAGAAGCUACCCAUGACAUGGACCCUGACAAUCCCCAUAUCAUCAGGGAUGCUGGAUUUGGACUGGGAGCUGAGAACAAGCUGGGUGGUCUCUGGGAGACAGAAUUUGAUCAGCCAGGUCUUGCUACAGUUUUUUACUUUGUUUUCAUAAAGAAGUCAUUUGUCACUUGUAAACCUGCACACGGUUCCCUCUUUGCAUGGUGCAGCUACAUUGGUAUAGCUGGAUUUAAUGUCAAUAGGACUGAGAAAGUCCAGAAGACAACAUGAAAGCUUGACUCUGCAGUUUGCUUUAGACCAUCUUCUUCUGUCCUGAAAUGGGAUCCAGAAAUCGUUCCCUGAUUCAUGUUUGCUCUGUCUGGUCCUAAGAGUGAGUUUCACACAGACCCUUUUCUUUCUCUGGCCUCAUGCCACUGCAGGUUUCAUCAUCCCCCAUGCGCGUCUUAUUGACUUGUUCCAAACUCACAGAUGUUGAAAGGACCGCUAACACCACCUCCUCUGUCAGAAACACAGAAAUGAUGUUAGAAGUGGUGACACAGCAGCCCUGAGCUCAGGUGUCAGGUCUGUGUGUGUGUGUGUGUGCGCACAGCUGAAGAGCAGAGGGGAUGAUUAACUUUGUCUCGGGACACAGACGUUAUUUUAAUCAGUCUCGCCUCUAAUAGUCUUAACUUCCUCUCACCUUCAUCACCUCCUCAGCUGAAUAUCACUUUCGCUCUAAAGCAGCCUCGCUCUAAUAGGAGCCAUUCAUCUCUCCUUCUGGCUGCUGAAACUUCAGGGAGUGAUGCAUUUCAGUGCCUCCUUCAGCGUCCUGUGAACUGCACUCACUGACCUGCACUGCUUCUCUCUGCAUGCUCAGCACUGCUUUGAUUGGACUUUUCUAAAUGUGAAGGUUACCGCCAAAUUAAAACGUCACGUGGUUUUACCUCAAACGCACUCUGAGGCGUGUGUGGUAAACAAAUGGAAAAAAGAUUCUCCUCCUCAGGUGAACAUUUCCUCUAAUGCUGUUUUUAAUCCUGCAGCAUUAGAAGGAAAUAACGCUGCAUUCAAGGAAAGAGGGAGAUUAGAAAAAAGUUCAACAUCAGCGUUUCCUAAUUACAACACCAGAGUUUAGAAGUGAAAAUGGGUAAAUAAGGCAGAAGUGGGAUUUUAGGAGUGGAACGAAUGAAACUUUGAACAUCACAUUCAAGUAGAGAGAUUUGUAUGACUGUUAACAGUUGUAGAAAAGGUCCAUGAGUCUCCUCAUCUGGAUUUGUACAUGAAAUAGAAAUAUUAAUUAUGCAUUAUUGAUAUUAUCGUUCAGCUGAGGCUGAUAAAUCCUCUGAGGCUUCAUCAGAUAUUAAAUUAAUCACUCUUCCCUCUUUGAAUGAUGUCAAAUCAUGUUUUCAAAUUCAGUUUCAUUAGCUCCAAACGGUUCUGUUUAAUCCCGUCAGGACUGCGACAGAUAAAAGUUCAAAACUCUCAAACACGCGUCAGAAUAAACAGGAACUAGAUCCGGAUUUGUCCUGCUCUAAUCACGGCAAAGUGAGAUUGUGAUAUUUCAUUUAUCAGCCCACAAAGUCAGCCUUGUUCUCUGACUUUUACUGCUGUUGAAUUGAUUUUAGUAUGGAAUAAUGUUCAACCUAGAUAUUUUUAAUGUCAAAGCCUGUAAAGUAUGUGACAUUGAAGUCCAAAUUUCUGGUUCUGAUGUUGUCUGGUAACAGUAAAGGCUAGUCUGUGAGUCAAAAUUGUUAGAUAAAUGCCAGUGAUUAAGAAAACAUCAUAAGAUAAUAGUACUGGUUAUGAAUUAGAGCUAAAGUUUUUUUUUUUUUUUUUCAAUGAAAAGUCAUAAGGAUGAGAUAAAAAAAAUAAUAAUAAACAGAAUUAUCAGAAAGCAGUUUGUUUUUUACAAAAACAGAGGAUCAAAUCUAGAGAUAUGAAGACACUGAGAAACAAGGUGAAAAAAGAGACAAAAAGUCAUUAUGAGACAUAACUUAAUUAGAUAAAAAGUCCAAAGUAUAAGACAAGUAAGUUAUUUGAGAAUAAACUUAAAAUUAUGUGUCAAUAGUUAAUAAUUAUGAAUAAAAAACAUUAAAUUAUAAGAUGAAGUUAUAAAAAAUAUCAAAAAGUUAUAAAAGUAUAUAUAUAAUGAGAUGAAAAAUACAUGAUUAUAAAAUAAUAGAGAGGAAAAAAUAAUUUGAAUUUAGCAAUUCAAUGUCAAAACUAUGGGACACAUAUCAAAAUAUUUGUAUAUUCAUUUCAAAGGAUAAUGAUACAUUGUAGUUUUGAUUUAUCCCAUAAAUAUGACUAUCUCGUCAUUCUGACGUUUUCUCUCGGUAUUUUGAUUUAAUAUUCAGAUUUCCUUUUUUUUGAGGUCCCGUCUCCCACUUUUUAUGUACUGGCAGAAAUGGGCUUCAAUGAGCAGAUAACUGUUCAAUGACAUGGAGUCAUAAAGCCGUCGUUAAUAUAAACAAACAUCACUAGAAAGCCUUUUCUUUGAUUUACUGAGAAGACGAUAAAAAAACCUGGCUGAAACUUUACAAUCACCAUCCAAUCUUUAUGUAUAUGCUACUUAACUAGUUCACUAAUGUAACCAGUUUCUUAGUGUCUGUUAUCAGUUCUAAUAGCUGCAGCUCACCAGAUCUUGUUCGCAUGUGCACUCUCAGAGGUAAGCACCCUUUGGUACAUGCAUCAACUGCACCACCCAUGAUUUUUGCAGCCAUAAAAGAGGCAUAAUAGCAGAUGAUACAAGAAACAGCUGGACUUCUGCAUGGAAGGUACACAUCGCUGAAUGCAAUAACAAAUAUACAUUUUAUUAACAUGUGAUAUUAUAUGAUAUCAUUAGCUGAGCUCAGAGUCUCCAAGCCAUUUUGGACUCUUCAGUCUAGCAGCUAAUCUGGAUGCCCCUCAUUACUUAGGAGGGUUAACAGGAUACAAACUGGUCCAGGAUGAGGGGCACUCAUUACUGUGACUCUGUGAACUUGUUUUUUUUUCCAUCAGUGGACUCUACAGUUGAAAACUUUCCAGUUUGUGGCUGCUGCAGACCUGAAGUCAUGAAUCCACCUUUGACCGGCCUGUUGUUAAAGCUGUGUAUCGACUCCUCUCUAUCUCUUUUUUUUAGUGCAUUUCCAGGUCUCAGGACAUGAAUCAUAUUCAAAUGAGUCUAAGCUGAGUCUUCAGAGUCCAACUUCUCUUCUUUUCCUCUUACCCCAAUCUCCUCCUCAGCUCAGUAUCAGCGUCAGGUUCAACAAAAGCCCUUUUCUUAAUCCUAAUAACAUGAAUCCAGCUCCUCUAUGGCUACAGUACGGUGUACAGCAGAGAGGAAGAGGUGAUAUCCUCAUCAUCUCAGCAGGGAUGAGUCUUAAUCGUGCAGAUGAGCUGCCUCCUCCCAUCCCCUCAUGCUGCUUGGUCUGUCUGCCUCUGCUCUCCUGCAGGCAGAGCAGAAACAUCGCUGCAUACACAUCUAAUAUUCUGUAAGAAGUUUCCUGGUAUCGAACAAAAACAUCUGCCAACAGGGGGAAAAAAAACACGAUAAGCGUGCUGGAGAGCUGCAUUAAAUCAGGCCAGUACCAAACACUGUAUGACCUUUCAGAGUAGUUUAAAAAUUGACUUCAGAGUCCAGAUAACGGCUCCUGGAACGAGGUUUUCUUUUAAUUCAUUCAAUUAAAGCCGAGCUGCAGAGGAGGAUCUGAUAAGGACAAAACCUCCAUCCCGCAUGCAGUAGAAGUCAGAGCAGGAACCUCGAACAAUGUCGAAUAAUCUAAUGUAAAUCAAGCUUAAGAUUGGUGACUACAUGGGUGACACAGAGAGAAACGGCUACAACUACUCUGGACAGCACAGCAGACGAAAACACCAACAGUCCAAUAUUUCUAAGCAAGUCGGUACACCAAUUACAAUAUUUAUCCAAAUGUGCACAAUGUUAAAUUUGCAGCACACAACUGUUAACUUAAUUCACUUCAGUGUGAGGAACUACUGUUGUUUGGCUCAGUUGUGCCCCCCCACCCUCUAUGUUCUCUUAGUGUGAGAAUUCGCCAUAUCUUCAUCUCUCACUUGAAAAUCUUCACAUACUGCCACAAUGCCUGUACAUCUCUAUUGAGCUAUUGAAGAAAGAGACGUAAUGACGUCCAACAAGAGAAAUUAGAGGGCGAUAUAGCGCCCUCUGCUGUUAAAACAGGGUUUAAAGGUUCACUUUUUGUCUCAUUGAUUCUUUGGUUUCUUUGGUAUCCUGACCAAAUUUUGUUGGGAGGAAGUCGAGACAAAAGAGGUGAGCGAUGUUACUCAGCCUCCUGUUUGUCCUGUCAGCCUCUUAUUGUUCAAAGUCAAAGAGGUUACUGAUCUGAGACAUGCACACGCACGCAAGCAAGCACGCAAGCACACACACAGGACGCUGUCCAAAAAUCAUAUUGGAUGAGGAAGCAUCAGUUAUCACUCCCAAUCAGACUCCUCUGUGUGAGCUCGUUUGUCCAAUCACAUUACAGUAUUUUCUUUUUUUGUCUGGCCCAGCUGGUAGCGUCUCUGACAUCAUCAGUGAAGUCAUCAUUAAUGUCAGGUUUCAGACUCAUUUUCUGUCGGCUUGAUUGAGCGAGGUGUUUGGUUAAAGGCUUACUGAGAGACAGGCUGUGUGUGUGUGUGUGUGUGUGUGUGUGUGUGUGUGUGUGUGUGUGUGUGUGUGUGUGUGUUGGAAAUGUUAAGCCCUCUAUAAAAAUGACAGUGAGUGACAAACUGUAGUGAUGAAAAGGAGCUCAGAUAUCCAUGCAGACUGCAAAGCAUGGUUAUUAACGGUGCCUAACAGGAGGCUUUUUUGCUGUCUCAAACGUCUUUUUAGACACAAUCAGAUGCUCGGCUCUAUAAGCUUUGCAUGUUUGUUGUAAUGAUAGUUAAAUUCAAAUGAUGCAAAUGAGUGUGUGUGUGUGUGGGUGGGUGUGCGUGCUGUGUUUGUUUGUCAGCACUGAUCCAUCUCUCCCUGAGUCACAGUCAAAUCUUGCCCACCUGUGGAAAAGUACCAGACACAAUGAUGCUGCUGGUUUUACAUCCACUCGAUUCUAAAAGAAACCUUGUCUUCAGUCUUUAGAGGUCAAGUUGCAUGAAGUGCAUCAUAUUUCAGCUCUGUUGUUCUGAAGUUGCAUGUCAUAGUGCAGGAGCAGCAUUUCUGGUGGAAAUAGGCGUCAAAAGUGACCUUUGAGUUUUCAAAAUUUACAAGGUUUUUACUGAAGGCCAAAGAAUCCACAGAGGUCCUCCUGUCAUGAAAACAGACGCCUGCUUUGAUUUAAAACACCACACAAAACAGGCUCACCUUGAAAGACUCUUUCUGUGGUGCUUAGCAGAGUUUUAAGGACAAAGAGAGGAGCUGUUAUCAAAUUAAAGCUCAUGUCAGGUGUUUUUUUGGCAUGCAUAAAUUGGACUGAGAUACAAACUGAUGAGUUUUAAUCAUGUCAGGAAGAGAACAGGACAGUCAGGGAUGAGACAGAUGAUUGGUAAAUUUUUAUUUUUAAUGCCUGAAACACACGUGAAGGGGUAGGUGUCAGUCAAGCAGUUAAAAAAAAACAGCCAAUUUUACAUUUCACAUUAAAUUAAACAUUUUGCCAUCAAAACUGUCAGGAUGAGAUUUUUUUUGCCAAGAAACGCAAGAAAAGCACUGUCCACAGAGAGCACAAACAUUUAAAGCUAAUUUUUAAGGACUUUUUCAGUUAAUCUGAAGGAGAAUUUGAUUAAUAAAGUUAAACAUCUAGGAGCUACAAGAGCAAACUAGAUUGUUUAAUAGUAAACUGUUCUGUAUGUGUUUUUUUUUUCUGACCUCUUUACUUUACAUUGUGUAGAAUUGUGGGAUCUACCUUUUAUAAUGACUGUAUGUACAAUAGUCAUUCUGCAAAAUAUCAAACUUAUUAUUAAAUUUACACAAAGCCCUUAUUUCAAGAUAUACAUGUGAUGAAACUUAAUGAUUGUUUUGUUAAAACUUUGGCAGUAGAAAUAUUAAAUAAACACAAAUUAAUGUAAAUAUUUUAGACACAAAACUCUGAUGGAUUUACAUGCUGACAGUUUUGCAGUUAAAAAUAAGAUUGAAGCCAACCAUUCUGCAGUAUUUGUGCCACAGCAACAAUCCCUGCAGUUUGUUUGAGAGCCCAACAGCUGAUGGAACAAAUGACCCAAGAUAUCAGUUUGAUUUGGCCUCCUAACCCAAGUAAACCCUCCACUCUGGCAGGGAUCCAAACUCUGCUCCAGGGAAGCCUACGUCUUCUGAGCGGCUCUGAUAGAUAGAGCGACAUCACUAAGGUUAAUGCCAACAACCUUUCUGACAGAGUUUUUGUCACCAGCCUGUUAUUUUUUAUUUAUUUAUUUUUUUUUUUAACACCAAGACUGUUGUAAAAGUAAAAAGUCAAACUUUGUCAGGUAUGUCCUUAGAGACCCACUCUGAUGAAAAUCAUGUUUUUUUUGUUUUUUAUAUGUUCAUAUGGUAUUUUUCUGAUGCUACAGGACAUAUCAUGAGAAAACGAAGAGCAAAAUUGCAUUUUUGAGUAAUUCUGCACUCUAAUUUCUGUGAAUCUGGUAGACCCAAACGGCAGAUUCAGGUACAGUGAGAUUUCCUACAUCACAACUGCAAGCUCCGCCCUCGGAGCCCCGUGAUGCAGGCGAGACUCAGAGAAAUAUAGAGGACGAUUGCAGAACAAGCUUGUGUGUUAGCACGUUGCAAUGUAUGUAGCUUGUGUGUUAGCACAUUGCAAUGUAUGUAAGAAAGCUAGUUAUGAUAUAAGAUUUCAUCAUGCCCCCAAAGACAAUAGUGUCUGAGAGCUGAAUAGCUCCUACGUUACCUGCAACUUCAGUGGCAAAGGCAAUGUUAGCCUACUAGCUAGCAUAAAGAGGAGUGUGCAGAGCAGCGCUGUCUCUGCCUACAACUUAAAGGUGAAUUGCUAAUGAGCUACUGGAGCUCUGCAGAAGAAAGUCCUUGAAAAUGACACAGGUAACAUGAUUUUGACUAAAAACUUCAUAAUCACAAUUUAAAGACCGCUGAGAGAACACUUUAAGUGGGAAAAUAAAAAUGAUUGGGGUGGGACUUUUAGAGGAGGAUGCAUUCGAGGAAGUCAUAACUUCUUAAUCUUAACAUUGGCUGUCUGAGGUGAUGCAGCAUCAAGCAGAUCUGUGUUUACAGAUCUUCUUCCGUUUACAGAGACAGAUAAAUGAUCUUAGAUUACCGACCAUGGGGCUGGGUUCUCCUACUUUUGCUCUCCAUACAGACUGUUUUUCCCUGCAGACGCCAAAGCUGGCUGAUACGUGAUUGGUCAGUACUCCUUAGAUUACAAAUGCACUUCAAACAGAAACCAGAACGCCUCCCUCAAUAAAAUCCAGACCAGCAAGUUCAGAGUGCCCAAAAUCCCACAAAAUGAGAGAUGACAUGACCUCCACUGCAGAAGCUGAUAAACUGUUGUUAAGGGAGCAAAAGUCAGAGUAAAAAGCAGAGAUGAAUUAAAUGAAAAACAGUGUCCAUGAUAUGAAAUCACUUAGUGUGUGUGCACUUUUAUGUGUGUGUGUGUGAGAGCCUCACAGCAGUGCAGCAGUGUGUAUUUCAGCCCUGAACUGCAGGCAGCCGGUGACUCAUCAAUAAAUAGACGCGCUCUCUCUCUCUCUCCUUUUCUGUGCUCAAUCCACAUAAUGGUACUACAUUCACACUUUCAGCUUAUCUGGGAAAUCAGUGGAGUGUGUGUGUGUGUGUGUGUGUGUGUGUGUGUGUGUGUGUGUGUGUGUGUGUGUGUGUGUGUGUGUGUGUGUGUCCACAUGUUCAACAGAUGUUCAUUUUACCAUUUGCUCUCAGGAGACUGAGCCUCUUAAUGUCUUCAUCUUCAUCAGAGCUGAAUCUGUCUGUCCAUUCUUUACACACACACACACACACACACACACAUACACCACCUACAGGAACUCAUUGAGGUCACCUGUUGCUGGGCAAAACAGGACUGACAUGAUUGAUUGUGUUAGAGAUACUGAAUCAGAGGUUUACUCCACAACAAGCAUCUUUAGGAGGAGGGCGAGGAUUCUAGCUUCAAGCUGGAUCUACAUAACUUGUGAUCAUGACCCCUGAGGUUUUAAGUUAACUAAAAGAUAAAACCUCAUUACAUUAUUUUUGUCCUUGUAGGUUUGAAAUGUCAGUCAUAUGUUGUGUCUUAGCUGCAGCACAACAAACCUCCUCUUGUCUGCACUGCAGCCACAGGAGAGGUGAGCAGGGAAGCAUUUCAAUUGAUAAUCUGACAGCUAGAUAUCACAGAAUACUCUCAUUUUCUAGAAAACAAUAAAGCUCCUUAUAUUUUGUUCACAAGUCGCACUACAAAGUCUGUUGUGAUCUUCUAGAGCAGUUUAAAAAAAAGAAAAAAGAAAAAAAACCUUUACUAAGGUUACAUAAAGCAGCCAUCAUCACAUUCUCAUGUGCAUCCAUCUACAUACACAUUUAAUCUGAUGGCAGCCCUCAACACCAUCUCUCUAGACAUCUUCCUUGAUAGACUAGCCUCUGUUGGAAUCACUGACACAUCCUAAAACUGGUCCAUAUGACAUCUGCACCCAUUUCGUUCAACUCAAAACAUACAAAUCCAAGUCUUCUCCAGUCAGGUUCAAGGACCAUGGUUCCACAGUAUUCUAUUCCAGGACCUCUUCUGUUUGGCCACAUUUCUUUAUUUUUUAUUCAUUUAUAAAUUUAUAAAUCUUUUAAUUUAUUGAUACUUGCAUUAUUUAUGGUGCAAUAAGUGAUGAUGGACAUGAUGUUAUUGUGCUUCUAAACAGAAGAAAAAAAAACCCUAUGGAGAAUUAUCCAAAUAAACAAAUGGAUAAAUGAAUGCAUGAAUGAAUGACUGAAUGAAUCACCUACUUCAACGAUUUUUUUCCCCAUUAAAAAGAAAGUGAUGCAGGUAUUUCUGUAGAAACAAUAAUGAUCACCUGGAAUAUAAGCUGUUUAACAUGACACAACCUCUUUCCUACUUUUUUUUAACAUGAUCAAAUAUUUGUCACACACACACACACACCCACACACACACACACACACACACACACACACACAUACACACACUCGCUCACUGAUGCAGACAGACACUGAGUGGAAUCUAUGUGGUCUCUCAGAGUUGCAGGGUCGAAGCCUUGGCCUCAAACCUCUGCUAUUACACACAGACACAGACACACAGACACACACACACUCACUUUCCCCAGGUGGGAGUUUGGAGGAUGAGACCUUGGCGUGAUCAGCCCCCUGUGGUGCUGGAGGAAGCGCUUGAUUUAUGAGUCUGGGAGGCUCGUAGUUCACAGGUGCACACGCCCACACACAAACAAACUUUUGCACACACACACCUUAAUACACACACUCACAGUUGGUAAGAACUCAAAAUAUGAUGUUUAGGAAGAGGACAGGGAGGACACAGGUGAGGGUAAGAGGGAGACUGAGUCCAAACUGUAGAAAAUUGAAGAUGGAUCAAAAGGUUAUUCUGGUGUUUUUAAACCCCAGGCCCUUUUUUGGUGAGUGUGGGGGUUAAAAAUGACAUAUGGGUCCAAAAUUUUAGAUUUGCUCCAGUAAGUUUCCUUUAGUAGUGAUGAGUACACCUCAGCUCUUGGAAAAUGCAGCCAAUCACAAUCUGUUCAGUUUUCUUUAGAACUUAAAAGCUACAUGAUGAUCUCUAAAGGGAAAGGAAAAUAAACACCCCCGAGGGUGUCACAAUAAUAAAAAAAAAGUCAAAAUAAGUCAUUAAAACCAAAGUCCUCUCACACAUUGUCUGGCUAAUGUUAUUGCCUUCAACAGCAGAGUUUUCCAGUCGUGCUGAAACACACAGCUCGCAUUAUCGGGUCCAUCCAUCCUUCAUGUUUUUAGCUUCAGUUUGGGUUAAAAACUGCAGGCUGCUGCAGACAGAGAGACUUGAGGUCAGGUCAGCUAAUGAAUCUGUGUGUCAGUGUGAGAGCAGAGUGUGUGAUCAGCUGCUGCGUCUGUAAAUCAGGAGGUAAUUACAAAGACUGAGAAGAGAGAGGAGAGCGAGUGCAUGUCAGACAUCUCUCUCUCUCUCUCUAAAACUCAAAGUAGUGUGUGUGCUGUAUUUGUAUUUGUGUAGCUGUGUGUCUAAGUCCCCGAAGAGGUGAUAAUGGUGAAUCAAUGUGUGUGUGUAUGUGCGCGGGUGUGUGUGCACGUGCGUGCGCGUGUGUGUGAGAGAGAGAGAGAGAGAGAGAGAGAGUGCGUGUGUGUGUUUGUGUUAGAGGUCCUUGUGUUUGCUCAGGUGAUCUAACCCUCUCUACAAGAUGAAUUUCCUUAGUUUCCUUUCCCAUCCAGAGAAAAGAUUCAGAAUCUCUAAGUUCAGUCUGCCUGCUUGUUUCACAGUGUGGGUUCACUUUUUAAACCUGACCGUUGUAAGGAAUAUUUUAAGGGUCAUUGUUACAUUACCGAAUGUAGGGAGGCGAAUAUCCUCUGCCCAAAUGCUCUAUUUCUUGAAUCGUUGACUACAGUCUCACUAACUGAAGAAGAUCUUUUAAGGGUUAAUGUUUUCUCUGUAUCUCAUCUCCCUGCAGGUAAAGGUCAUGUGAUGUCAGCAUGCCAGUAUUCCCACCACACCUGCCUUCUUUGGGUGAUUCUUUCCUCCCAGCUGCAGGAAGUAACAUUGUGUGUGGAGAGGAAGUGAAAGGGAUGGAGAUGUUACCAGAUCAGUCAGAGUCUCAUUUUAAUUUCACUGCGUCUUCACUGGAGCUGGACAGGGAGGAAAGUCGGCUGGUGGAUGGCAGCUGGAGCCACGAUGGAGACCUGCAGGGAUGUGGAGAGUGAGUAUCACAGGAGUUUGAUCCUGAUUAUCUGAAGAUUUAAACAUUUCUUAUACUUUUUGGCAUUAUCUUUCCAGGCUGGAGCAGAGGUGGGUCCUCUGGCAUGAAUUUAUGAAGGAACACGCCCACUUGGACACCUGGCUGCGAUUGGCUGCACAGGCUGUCAACUCUCCAAGCCCCGCCCACAUUACGUACAUCACUGCCAAAGAAGAACUGAGGAAGUUUGAGGUGAGGAGAAAUGAAUCCUGAGUGAUAAGACAACCACAAAUUCAAGGAUGCGGAUACCAGGACAUUAAAAACUGGAGCAAGAUUCAUUUAUAGAUCACAUCUGAACUGUCUGAGACAAAGUCCAUGUCAGGAGAGGCCCUCAACCAACGAAAAAGCAGGACAGUUAAGCUGUAGUUCAAGCACAGGUUAAAGACAUAAUCCAGGGGAAGCCCAAAUAUCCUUCUGCAGCUGCUCAGAGAGCCCAAUCUGACAGCAUUUCUGUAAAUCCACUCAUCUUUCCACCUUAAAUCAAAGUGUGAGUGUGCAGUGGAGCACAGCAUCAAUCAGUGCUGACGGGACACUUCAGAUUCCCCUUGUUUGUCCAAAUUAAAUUCUACUGUCAGGAUGGUCACUGCUGUGAAGUCUGAGCCACACAAAUCCUCCUUCGCAGCUCCAGCCCACAUUAAGGCGGCUGUCAGAGCACAAAUGAAUAAAGCCGUUGUGUUUCUGUCACUUCCUGUUGUAGCAGCAGAGACGCAUCAGGGGAAAUGAUCUGUGAGCACCAAAUUACUCCUGUCUAACUUAAUUCAACCAAAAUGUAGGAAAAAUGUUCCACUUAUUACAUUUCUUACAAACACUAAAGGUAACCUCACCAAAUGGCGUGUUGCUGCCCCUGAGGCACAUUUGGCGCCACAUUUGGCGCCAGAAUCCAUUGAUAAGGUCCUGUCUCCUCUGUACAGCACCUUUUUGGAGUCUCUCCUCGUUAUUGUUCUCCAGGCAUCAGGUCCUCACGUUGCACCAGCACAGCCAACGGCACUCCAUUCACCAGUGCAACAUUGUGCAAAACUGUACUGGCUCAAAUUAUGUCCCACACCCUUUCAGGAGGGUACAACAACGUCCCUGCUGCUGGGCCAAGACAGAGACACCUGCCUUUUAGGAGUCAAACGCAGCGCUCCACAGUGGCAGUGUUUCUGGGCAGAGUUAUCAAAUAAGCCUAAUUACUAAGGACAUUACAAAUUUAUUUUAUUUUAUUUUAUUUAUGUCUUAAUCUUUAAUGAAUUUUGUCACACCUAUCAUGAGAUUUGGUCGCAGCGUACGCUCACGUGUAGAUUGAUAAAUGCCGAUCCUCACGUCAAAAUUGUUGUACGAGUUUUCUGCCGUACGCAAGCUUGAUAAAUGAGGGCCGGUGGGUUUUUGAUCUGGAAGUGCACAGUAGAGGUAGUUCAACUUUUGGAUCACUGCUAUGCUCAAUAAUGUCAACGCCACACGAAAGAGAUUUGAUGUCAUUGCCAUAAAAUGUAACCUGACAGCAGCUCUGCAGGAGAAAUGGGAACAUGCAUGUGUUAAUGUGGUUUAUUUCACUCAUGCAGAGGCUACAGUGUGAAGCAGGUUCUCAGCUCGUCCGCUUAGACAAUCUAACUCGCAAGAAUCGAACGCUCACUCGGUUGUUUCAUGGUGCCAUGCGGGCUCGGCUGCUGGCUUCAACCAGGGACUGUGGGCAGCGAUGGGACGAGGUGAACGCCAAACUGGAAUCCAUCACUGGAGGCCUAAAGGUCAGAGAUCUUUUUAACUUUGUGGAUGAGUUUUUAUUUUGAUGAAAGUUUAAAAAUCUGCCUCUAUUCUCAGCUGUUUGUCUCAGAGUGGGAGGGUUUUGAGGCGGAGAGGGAGGAGCUGGCUCUCUGGUUGUCUGACCUGGAUGUCCGUCUCUUAGAGGUAGAUCACCUCACAGGAAGCACGUGUGAGAAGCUGAAGCGACUUCAGGUGUGUGUUUGUGUCUAAAUAAAAAUGCAUUUCUGUCUCAUAUCUCCCUCCCAUAAUUUCUUCUUCCGCUGUGUGUGUAUAUUUUUGUGUUUGUGUUUGCAGUCUUUCCAGGAGUGUGUGUGCGCAAACUCGGCCCGUGUGAAUGCCCUGCUGCAGCGCGGCGAGGCGUUAAUCCAGCGCAGCGAACCGACUGAUGCUCAGCAUGUAGAGAACCAACUGCUGGAGCUGCUGCGGGGCUGCAGCCUUGCUUACAACAACAUUGCCCGAACACACACUCGGCUCCUGAGCAUGAGACUGGUAACACACACACACACACACACACACACACGCAUCCUUGUCUUUGUGCUAUGGUCAGGACACAUGAGCAGACCAUGCAUUGUGGGAACCAACCUUUCUGAAGGUUGUACAGCACUGAGAAAAAUCAGGCAGUAUCCUGACAUGUAGGUAAACAGAGAAAUCACUUCAAAUUACCAAUUAGACAAAGUAGAGGUCCCUGACCAGACUAGGCACAGACAUCUGGGAACCUGUCUGGUAUUUGGCCACAUCUGGGGUCAGUAUCUACACACUGCCCGGUUUUUCUCUCCUCCUGGGUACCACUUACACAAACAUCAGAUCAAACAGACUUUGUGGGACCACUCCACACUUGUCAGUGCAGGACAGUGAUGAGAACCAAUCUCGACAAUUACAUUUCUUAUCAGUAUCACCAGCUUAUAUUCAAGGUAUUAUAAGUGCAUCAGUCUCUAGAUCUACUCUCAAACCUGACCUGAUAUACCUUCAAUGUUCACAGGAUGUGUCUUUCUUAGAAGUGCACCAUCUGAUGUUUUCUUCAGCCAGAAAGUUCUCCCCUUUCUCUUGUCUGAACUCUAAUUUUUAACACAGCACAGAUGGGCUGAUUUUAUAGUUUUGAUAAGGAUGAUGUUUUGUGUUUUAGGGUAAAUUGUACAAAUAAUUAAAUUGAAUAGUGACAGAAGUCAACAGCUGUCUUGUGUCUUAUGUGUUAAUAUGCAUGUGGCUACAUAAGAAAGAUAUAUCUAUGUAAAGGAUUUUUUAUACUGUUCACAUGAUUAGACCUGAAACAGUGGAUGAAUUUAAAAGCUGAAAGUUUUUAUUCAAAUUUUUUUGAAGAUGCUGGAUAAACAAAAUUUGUUCAACUAAGGAACCACAAACUAACAUUCUUUCAAAAACAAAAGAAAACACCCUCCUCUUUUAAAACUGGUACAGUGUGUCUGUGCAGUUAUUGGCAGCUUAUAACAAAAAUAAAUAGAGUCAAAACUCUUCAUUAAACUCCCUUUACAGGUAGACAAAUCUGUUACUGUAUGACACAGCUCUGAAGCCCAACCUACAGUAACUCUAAGCAUCCAAAUAUAAAUUAAAAUAAGGAGGUAGAUUGCUGAAUUGAGAAAUGAUGGAUAUGAUACGACCACUAAGGAAACACUAACAAGUUAAUGGUAUAAACCAGAGAACAUGCUUUACCUUGAGGACAGUAAAAGUGAUGCAACCCUCCUACAGCUGUCAACAGACAACACCUGAUCCCUCUAAACUUUCCUCUUCAGAGCUGUGAUUCGGUUUUUGAUAUAGAAUUUAAUAGCCAACCAAUUCCUGUUUUUGAGCGCUUCUUUCUCUUGUUCAAUGCACUUAUCGCAGUCGCGUUUCCCUGGAACACGGCAUGUGGUGAUGAAGGACAUCAUGUGUUUCUCAACGGCCAGGAUCUCCUCUCUUUCCCAAGGCCUCUUUUUAACAGGCUGCCGAGCUGUAAAUAAACAAAAACAUAAUCAAUUCUGUUUUUUAACCAUGGAGUGAUUUAGAAGCAAUUUAAGUAACAUAGGUGAAUGAGAACUCAGAAACUUCCCCCUCCCAAAAAAAAAUCUUAAUCACAAAUGUGUGUCUGCAAUCCACAUUUCAGCACAUGCCAAGAAAACACAUUUACAACCACACCAUAAACUAAUCUGAUUUCAGACCGGUCUCAGAGAACUUGCCUCUUUCCGUUUUUGGUGACCCCUGUUGUUUGGUGUUUUGAGGUGCGGUGGUGCUCUGCUGUGGUGAUGCAUCAUCAUGGUUCACAUCAGAUGGUGCAUCCUCUUCCCUCUGACUAGAUGUUAACUUACUCCCUACAACAGAGCAGAAGAAUAUAGACUGUAUCCACCACAGCUCACUAGCUCGUUUGUGCAAUAGGUGAAAAACCAGUUGGAUAUUGUGACUGUGGUCAUGCUCUAACUGAUUGUGAAGCACACGUGACACAAGCCAUUCAACCCCUUUAUGUUAAAGUUUUUUGAUCUAAUAUUUGUAACCAAGAAUCUCCUAAAGUUGAUCAAGUUUCUCAUGUUAAAAAGGAUAAGUAUAUAUGUUGAUACAUUAAAAAUUUGUAUACAGGAUGAUGAAAAUUGUUUCCUUAAAUAUUUUUUCUAGUAAAAUUUAGUUUAGUAAGUUCCUAAUGACAUGUUAAAAUACAUUAUUUACAUUAUUUAGGGGGGUAUUUGUCAACUUACCUGCUAAAUUGAAAGAUUUGGGAUUAUCUGGUUAACAGGAAAUGCUUUUCUUUUGAAGGACCUCUAAACUGAAUUCACAGGAAGUAAGGCACUUCUUGUCACUUGAUGUUAUGAAGUCAAGUGUAAAACUGAGUUAUAAUUACUUUCAUCCAUUAACUUUAAAAUGUUAGCAUAAAGGUUGACUUUAUACAUGUUGGUCAUAAUUUGAAGCUCUUCACUAUGAGGUACAGGUUAACAAACCCCACAGACAUAUUGGAAGUCUAAUGACUACAGACUGUAGCAUAACAGUGCUCUCCCCAACUCACAAACAUUUCAAGAUCUCUGCUGACUGACUGCAGUAUUGAUCCUCCAUGCUGAUAAGAAGGGUUAAACUAUAAAUCUAAAUACUUGUAAAAUACAUGUGCAAAAUGAUUCUCUGUAACUCUUAUCUGAAAUUAGAUCAUAAACUAUUUCAAUUCACAUAAACUGAAAAAAAUAUUAACUCAAUAACUCUUAACGAGCUCUUUGACACAGCGAUAUAGUGCUGAGUAGUGUUGUAGUUUCAAGCCUGUGACAUAAAUACAGUUGAUGGAGUUGAUAAAUACUUAGUAUUGUUUUUCUGUGCCAUUAAGCACAUUUUGAGGUGAUAUUGCAAUUAAGUAAAUCACCAAACCUAACUUGAUCCCUCUUUUUUUGAACGUGAACAAAUGCUGUUGUAAGGUGAAUCACAGGCCUCAAAAACUACAAUUGACUGAAAACCAUUAACAAGUACUGCUCCAAGAUGGCGGUGGUCUUGGAGCAUCCUGGGGUUGUGUGGCAUCUUGUGAUUAUGAUAUCUGUGGAUACACCACCCUGGUUAUAUCCUAACCUAAAAGAGGUAAAUCAACCUACCCUAUUGCCCCCCAACACCUCUAACACCAUGCUUGUGCUUGACAUGCAAGUGCUUAUAACAGCAAUCUAAAAGCUCAAACUAAACUUGGUGCAGGGAUUAAAAUGAAGCCGUUACAGACAUUACAUAGUCACCUCUCUGAUGUUGCAAAUGAACAUCAAGACCGAUGAGCUUUAAAGUUAACAAAAACAUUUUAUGACCAGUUGUUGACAGACAAAAGCAGGCUCCAAAUGGAUUCUGUAAACUGAUAUUGCACAUGGAUGUCUACAAAUAUGCAGCAGUGGUCACAUAUAAAAUUGUAUGUAAAUACCAACCUUCAGAGCCCGACUCGCAUGCCUCGUCAGGAUCGCUGUCAGGGUGCACAUUCUCUGUAUAGGGGUGAGGGGGAAUGAGUGUUAUUCAAGAUCAUUUGUUUCUGACAUGGUGAAAAAUUCCCAGAAAACAUAAUUACAAAAAGUGCAUUUCCUUCAAAAGGAGACAAGAGAGAUAGAUAAAUAGUACCCUCCGGGUCAAUGUUGAUGUCAUCCAAGGUCUUUCCCUUGAAUUCUCCCAGGCGUCCUUUCUCCAGAGCCAAUAGAACUUUGCUUAUUUUAGCAAGCUGGAGGGUGCCCUCAGGAAGCCUAUAGAACUGCCUAUGUACUCGUAUGUCAUGGCCGAGAAAAUCAGCCAACUGGUCCAACUCUGUGUUGCUGAGGUUGAGAACUUGUGAAAGAGUUCCUGUUUGUUUGCGAAGCUUUGUGGAGGUGAGACUUUCGGGACUUUUUGCACCACAGAUCUUUGCAAAAUGUCGAAGGCAGUCAGAACCACGGAGGCAUGUAAAGGCAGAUGGUCUAGCAAAAAGAUACCUGUUCUCUUUAGGAACCCCACAUUCCUGCCGUUUGCUGGUAAGUAAAUCCAAUGCAUGCUGCAUUGCCGGGGUCAGAAGAACGGGAACCUUUCUUCCUCUUUUUCCCCUGAUCUCGAUCCGUCUGAAGUGUUGGCAGAGUUUCUUCUCAACAGGUGACAGGGCAUCAAUCACAUCAUCUUGAGGAUCUGAUGUACUGUUAGACAAAUAUGCUGUCAUGGGCAUUUUUGACACCUCCCCAGCUCUUCGACGAUUAAAAAGGAUGACUUGAGUCAACGUGACCUUGGUCAGCUGUGACCAUGUUUGCGGGGAUGUCUCAGUGGAUAGUUUUGAGCUGUAAUGUUGCUGUUUCUCAUCCAAAUAGGAGUGGAGAGUUUGGACAUCCUUUGUGAAAGGAAGCAGCAGAGGGGUGUUCCACCUGGCCUCCUGCAGUGUCCUCAGUGAUGCAGCCGAAACCAUUUCAUUCCAGCGAGUUUCGUACACUCUGCGAAAUGUACGUGCAUCUUUAGCAGCACUGUAAUUGUUUUGUACAUUUGCACGACUUUCUACAAGCAUUGAUACCUUUGUCAGGCUAUGUCCAAUUUUGAGGGCCAGACUUGGACACUUGUAAGUGUUGGUUGCACUAUCAAAACCUGCCACCUCUUUUACAGCCUGAAUAACUUGCAUGAAGUUGGAUGGUCUGAUGUGGUCUCGAAUGGUCUUCAUGGAAGUGUUUUUUCUGGAGCACAGCAGAAGUCUUCCAAGCUCUCUUAACUUCUGGCGGAUAUAUUCAUGUUUUCCAGGAUCAUGUCCCAGUCUGUUGUAUAGAUGGUCCCCGUACUCCAGAAUACAGGCAUCAGAUUUAACUGCUGAAAAAACCUCAUCUUGGAGCAUGUUGUUUAAGAGUUUCCACAAGUCCUGUUUGACGCCAGGUGGAGGAGGUGUAGUAAAUGCACAAAGGGCCUGGACACGGGUUUUACCUGGUUUGUGUGGUACAGAAGGCCUAAGCUUGCAAAUUUGCAUGUGCCGCCAAAGCAGCUUUCUGGCAAAAAAGCCUUGACAAUAUGCACAGUGUAGGAAAUCCUGUGCACUGGAAUCCUGCCUCGGCUGCUUGCGGGGAACAAGGUUACCGACCCCAGAGUGUAGUACCUCUACAUUGUGUGAAAAGUUGCCCCUGUUUCUCAAAAGUUCCAGAUGCAUUCGUCUUUCUUUGGAGCCUUUUUUGAAGGCAAAAGCCUGUGCAACCUCUGACUUAUCUAUAUGUGCUCGCUCUAAAUGUCUUGCAAUUUUUAUAACACCCAAUUUGCAGUACAAACAGUACUGCUUCUUGUUAUAAAGUCUUGACCCAUUCUCUUUUUUGCAGACAGCGGGUAUGGAAAGUGGACCACCAGACUCAUUAUCAUUUGUAAGAAUGGAAGAGGAACUGUCAGGAAGACAUUCGUCCUGGUCCUGGUCUAAAUUCACCACUGAGUUUUGGGAGAGGGCAUCAGCGUCUGCUACAAAACUCUGGUUAGAUGAGUCAGCAUGGCUGACUAGUGUUGAAUGAUGAACCACACUUCUGUAGCAUUGCCUUUUAUGCAUCAGACCAGAGCUACUUCUCCUAACAGGUGAACGCCCUCUUGUAACAACCUGCUGUGAAGAGGCUUCAGAUCUUUGGGUUAAGGGAGGAAAAUCUUUGAUGACAUCUUUUAUCUUGAAGAGAGGGUCCUCAACUUCCAGGACUUCACUUCUGCCGGAAUCAUCAGAGUCCUCACUUGUCUUAGGAAUGUAUUCCUCUUCACUGUCAGCUGAGGUGGUGUCAUAAAGCUCUUCUGAAUCAAAGUGAAUCUGGUUUUUCAUCUAAAGAAAGCAAUAAAAAUAUGAUAGACAGUAGGCACAAGACCAAUGAAAUGUCUGCAAUUGACUUUUAAUACAUUCACUGCACUGUGUGUGUGUGUUGUUUACCAGUAUACUUUUGGUCCUCCUGAGCCUGGGGACAGAAAUAUGGUCCUGCUCUGAGAGGCAAUGUUCAGAUUCAGGAUUUGAGGAUGGACUCUGGGGUUCAUCAGAAUCUGUGUAGUUUACUAGAGGAAGAUUCAGCCCAUAUUUUUUCACUGAGGGAAGAGGACAAGCUGCAUCUGAGUCCUAGAGAAAAUAAAGACAAAAUGAAAUAAUGAAGCAUCUCAUCAAGGUACGAAAAAAAGGCCUAUACUCAAAGCUAAUUAAGACCAGAUGGUAGCCCUUUUUACUGAAAUGUAUGCAUUGGUGAGGAAAACUGCAGCUUUAACACCACAAGACCAGACAGGAUGGUCAGCUGGAAUAAAUACCUUUAUCUCUGUGAGUGUAGAUCCCUCAGGAGGCUCCUCUGCGGUACUGGAGAUCUCAGCCUCAGAUGUUUCAGCCACAGUAGGUGGUUCCAUGUCCUAAACAACAAGUUUGAGAUGAAUAGUAAAUAAACUAACUUAUUAUUGAUCAAAUUUCUGUACAUUAAAGGCUUCUAGCACAUCAAAUAUACAUAACAGUCUAUUAACCUGAUGAAUCCACUCACUGCAGCUCAUGCUAAAUCACCUCAUCUAAACAAAUCCAUUUGUACUUACUAGUGGUGCAACAGAUCAUCAUUGAUCCAUGAUCCGUUCGGAUUGACGUCAUUGGUUUGGCACAAAUGUGACCCGCGGAUUUAUUUCUGAAAAAAAAAAAGUUGUGCUCCGUCCACACACAGCUUAUUGUAAGCGAAGAAAGGAGGAGGGCAGACAUGGCGAGUUGAGGAAAGGAGGAGCUUGAACGCCCCGCGACACUUACAUCCCUUGUAUGGGAGCAUUUUGGCAUCCCUGUCAACUAUGAUGAAGAAGGAAAGAGGUCAGUGGACAAAACUGCGACGGUGUGUAGGCACUGUGGCAUAAGAAAGCGAAAUGACAGUGGGAACACAUCGAGCAUGUUCACGCAUUUGAAGCGACAUCACCCGGGUGUUUUACUGACUGGCGAUAAAACGAAAGCUGGCCAACAACUUCACCACAGCAUUUAAGCAGCCUCUUCCUUGUGCAAUCCGACAGGGCUAAAGCUAUCACAAACGCUAUCGGUGUGUUUAUAGCUACAGACAUGAGGCCAUAUUCAGUUGUGCAAAACAUGUUAAAAACAUGCUAAAAGUCCUUGAGCCACGUUAAGACAUCCCGUCGCUCACAUACUUCAUUUUUGGUUCAUUGUUACAUUUUAAAGGAAGGAGAUAUGCCUAUAUAUUGCACUUCAAGUUGUUUUUCAUUAAUAAUUAUGCUAGAAAGAAGAUAUUAUGCCUUGUGCACUACUUUUAUAUAUUUAAUUUAAUCAUUUAAGUGUUUAAUAAACAGACAAAACUUGUGUUUGUCUUGUUUUUUUUUUUUUUGUUGCUUUUUGCUGAUCCAAAAAAUGAUCUGAUCCAUGACUCUUGAUCCGAGGAACGAUCCAAUCCGUGAGUUUUGUGAUCCGUUGCACCACUAGUACUUACUGCUAUUUUUUGUCAACUGAUGUCUUCUUUAAACCACAGAGUGAAUGAUGGAGAAUAGAAAGGACUGGAAGAGACUUAAGUCUCCUUGUCAAACAGCUGGAGUGACCGGUGGGUUCUAAGAUCAUCACAUAGUGAACAGAUAAACUGCAUAUAAUGUUUAUUUCACACAAUAAGAAAAAAAAACCUUUUUUAUCUCUCAUUAAUGUCAACAUUGUAUCUGACUUUACGUGGACCCCACAAACACUGUAAACCUGACAAGUGUGUUUGUCAGACAUCUUAAAUACCAACCUGACUGGACUCCACAACUCAAAAUCAACCCAAGGGAGCCUUAAAGCAGACACACAGCUUAACUGACCAUCAAAAUAAAAAAAUCAGAUACAUUAUAAGGACCUGACCAAUCAGCAGAGUUUUUAAAACUGCAGCUUUAAAACCUAAAAAUCAGACAGAAUGAUCAGGUGGACUAACACCUCUAUCUCUGUGAGUUUGGAUCCCUCAGGAGGCUCCUCUGCGGUCCUAGGGAUCUCAGCCUCAGAUGUUUCAGCCACAGUAGGUUGUUCCACGUCCUAAACAAAAAGUUUGAGAUGAAUAGUAAAUUAACCAACUCAUAAUUGAUCUAAAUUCUACACUUUUAAAGCCACUGGCACAUAAAUAUACAUUACCUUCAUAAACCCGACGAAUACACUCACUGUAGCUCGCAUGCUAAAUGAGUUAAUCUGGACACAUAUUUUCUGUACUGACUGCUAUUUUUGUACACCUGGUGUCUUCUUUUAAACAUUUACUGGACCAUGGUGAACAGAGAGGACUGGCAAAGACUCAAGUCUCCCAGUCAAACAGCUGGAGUGACCGGUAGGUUCUUAGAUCAUUACACAGUGAGGAACACAUCAACUGCAAAGGAUGUAUUUUUUUCAUGUGAUAUUUAAUCUCCCAUUAAUGUCAACAGUGUAUCUGACUUUACGUGGACCCCACAAACACUGUAAACCUGACAAGUGUGUUUGUUAGACGUCUUAAAUACCAACCUGACUGGACCCCUUAACACAAAAUCAACCCGAGGGAGCCUUAAAGCAGACACACAGCUUAACUGACCAUCAAAAUAAAAAAAUCAGAUACAUUUAAAGGACCUGACCAAUCAGCAGAGUUUUUACAACUGCAGAUUUAACACUAAAGAGCAGACAGGAUGAUCAGCUGGAAUAAUUACCUCUAUCUCUCUGAGUGUAGAUCCCUCAGGAGGCUCCUCUGCGGUACUGGAGAUCUCAGCCUCAGAUGUUUCAGCCACAUUAGGUGGUUCCAUGUCCUAAACAACAAGUUUGAGAUGAAUAGUAAAUUAACCAACUAUUUACUGAUCUAAUUUCUGCACAUUUAAAGCCACUGGCACCUCAAAUAUACAUAACAGUCUAUUAACCUGAUGAAUCCACUCACUGCAGCUCAUGCUAAAUCACCUCAUCUAAACAAAACCAUUUGUACUUACUGCUAUUUUUUGUCAACUGAUGUCUUCUUAAAAACAUAAAGUGAUUAUAGAGAAUAGAAAGGACUUGAAGAGACUUAGGUCUCCUAGUCAAACAGCUGGAGUGGCAGCUAAGGUCUUAGAUCAUUACACAGUGAGGAACACAUCAACUGCAAAGGAUGUAUUUUUUUCAUAUGAUAUUUAAUCUCUCAUUAAUGUCAACAGUGUAUCUGACUUUACGUGGACCCCACAAACACUGUAAACCUGACAAGUGUGUUUGUCAGACAUCUUAAAUACCAACCUGACUGGACCCCACAACUCAAAAUCAACCCAAGGGAGCCUUAAAGCAGACACACAGCUUAACUGACCAUCAAAAUAAAAAAAUCAGAUACAUUUAAAGGACCUGACCAAUCAGCAGAGUUUUUACAACUGCAGAUUUAACACUAAAGAGCAGACAGAAUGAUCAGCUGGAAUAAAUACCUCUAUCUCUGUGAGUGUAGAUCCCUCAGGAGGCUCCUCUGCGGUACUGGAGAUCUCAGCCUCAGAUGUUUCAGCCACAGUAGGUGGUUCCAUGUCCUAAACAACAAGUUUGAGAUGAAUAGUAAAUAAACAAACUAUUGUUCUGAUUUCUUCACAAUUAAAGAUACAGGCAACUUUAAAUACAUUAUGAUUCUUAAACCUGAUGAAUCCACUCGCUGUAGCUCUCAUGCUAAAUCCCAUAAUCUAAAAAAAAUCAUCUGUACCAACUACUAUUACUGUCGCUUGGUGUCUUCUUUUAACCAAAAUGUGGAUCAUGGAGCCCAGAAAGGACUGGCAGAGACUUCAGUCUCCUAGUCAAACAGCUGGAGUGACCGGUAGGGUCUUAGAUCAUUACACAGUGAGGAACACAUCAACUGCAAAGGAUGUAUUUUUUUCAUUUGAUAUUUAAUCUCCCAUUAAUGUCAACAGUGUAUCUGACUUUACGUGGACCCCACAAACACUGUAAACCUGACAAGUGUGUUUGUCAGACAUCUUAAAUACCAACCUGACUGGACCCCACAACUCAAAAUCAACCCAAGGGAGCCUUAAAGCAGACACACAGCUUAACUGACCAUCAAAAUAAAAAAAUCAGAUACAUUAUAAGGACCUGACCAAUCAGCAGAGUAUUUACAACUGCAGCUUUAACACCUCAAGACCAGACAAGAUGAUCAGCUAGAAUAAAUACCUCUAUCUCUCUGAGUGUAGAUCCCUCAGGAGGCUCCUCUGUGGUCCUGGAGAUCUCAGCCUCAGAUGUUUCAGCCACAGCUGAUUGUCUGCCCUUCUAAGAUUAGGAUGAAUGACAAGUGUGUUUGUUAGGUUGCUAAAAUCACAACCUAACUGGAGCCCAUUACAUCAGAACAACUUGAGUAAGCUCUGAAAAUGUACUUCAAUUUUUGUCAGUAACAAAGACUUUGACAAACCUUUUUCCUCCUAGGCCAGUCAUCCUGUUUUUGGACUUUUCUGCUUCUCAGCGUAUACAUCCUAUAAAGGAAAAUUUAAGUUUUUGAUUUUUUUUUAUCUCUAUGGACAAACAUGCCAGGCCCAGUGCAUGUCUGCAGUGUCAUAUAACUACUCAAUAAUGUUUAAUGUUACUAAAAUUACAUUCAUUGUAAACUUUAACAACCAUGUGACAAACCAGUGAGUAGUGACCAUGUUGUCUGACACAAAAUGAUGAACUUGCUCCUGCUGCUUCACUGUGAACGGUCUGUCAUUUACUUCAAUUAAAAGCGCACGUGCCUAAGAUGGCGGCUUUGCUCUCACUCCCCCCACCCUACCCCACCCACCCAACAUAACGCACAUUUCCCCAAAUAUGACCGUGUUGUAAAAGAAUAAGAUUCAGAUAAAAAUUAAACAAAAUCAAGUCACAUUUUCGGUGUUUUUUAAAGUUAAAAACUUUGACAAAAAGUUACAAGAGAACACAAUGCGACCGUGAGACCGCUAGUUCUGCCUAACGAACUUUGCUAGCAGCUAGCUUCCUGUGUGCAUGCCACAUAAUACCAUGUGUGAAAACACCGGGUAACUUUUUGACUAUAAAGUAAUCACUUACCUAAUUAUUUUAUCAGAAUCCCACUUACCUUUCAGUUAAAUCCUCUCCUGCUGCAGCUCAAGUCUCCCCUGCAGUCAAGUGCUUCUCACUCAUCUCCGUACCGUCAGCUGAGGAGCGCUUACUCUGUAUAGUCAGCACGUCCUGAACGGGUGGUGCUGCUUUAACCAUAGAUUCCUAUAUCCGCCCGCCAGGCAUGUCAAUAUAAAAAUUUAAAGCAGCCCACUCCUCUUUGUUAGAGUAAUAGUGUGUGUGUUUAUCAGUUACCAGUUUCAAUAAAUGUAUUUAUUUACUAAUUUAAAUACACUUUUUGUAGUCAAGUGCUUAUCUCUUCUCCAAACUAUCAGCUAAGGAGCGCUUACUUUGCAAAACUGUUACAUCCUGUGCGGGUGGUGCUGCUUUAAUCACAGAAUUUGUGUGUCCGCCCGCCAGACAUUUGUUAUUAAGGCAGCCCGCUUCUUUUGUUAUUGUAGAAGUGUGUGUUUAUCAGUUUCAAUUUCAGUAAAUAGGAACUUAUUUAUUUAAAAGGAUGAUUUCAUGUUUCUGACAAUUAAUCACUUUGUCUUGCCCAGCCUGCCUGUACUAUCUCAAACAACAAUAAUCACGGUAAUAAUAAUAAUAAUAAUAAUAAUAAUAAUAACAUUCUUACUGCAAGAAUCCCAAUUCUUCUACUGUUACCACUACUACUUCUAUUAUCAUUUUAUUAGUAUUAUUAUUGCAGUACAUUUUACUUGUGUUACUUUAAAAAAAUACCGAAAGAUAAGUGUCACAAAAACUCACGUUAUAAACGAAGAAAAAAAAAACAAAGCUUGGAUAAAAUGGCAUCAUCAGUGAUUCCAGAGAUGUGUUUUAGAGGAGAAUUGGAUUUUGGCAGAUCAGUUUUCUGUUGGAGGUUGAGGCUCUCACACUCUCUUUCACCACUGGUCCUGCAGACAGGUCAGAAAGGAGUGUGAGAGUUGAGCAGGUCAGUAAAAUAGGAUUAGGACCUUAUCAGUAAGAUAGGGUCCUGAUCAUGGAGAGCUUUGUGAGUGAAGAGAGGGACUGUACAGUGAGAAAGUCUUUGGAUUGGAGACUAGUGGAGGUUCUGGAGUAACAGGGAGAUUUGCUAACAGAAGUAAGAGUGUGUGAGAAGGUGAGCAGCAGAGUUCUGGAUAUACCAGGGUUUAUUGAGGACUUUGGGUAAUGAACUGUUCAAGAUGCUUUAGUACGCAAUUCUGGAUGAUAUGACAGCAUUAUUAGGGGAUAAUGCAGAUGAGAGAGAGGCUGAAAGAGCUGAGACAGGGAUGAACUUGAGGUUCCUGAAUGCUGAUUUCUCUUUUUGACCAUGAAAGCUGAUGUGGAUAUUCAGUAUUGUUGCUAGAUGGUGGUCACGAAUAUGGAGAUUGUGGCUCAAGACUUGCUUAAUGGUGAGACCAGAGCAAACCAGCAGAAUGUGCUCACAACUGCGGGUGUGGAAGUUGAUAUUUUGUGUUAAGUUAAAUAACUGCAUUAACCAGUAAGGUAGAGCUUUAAAGUUUGAAAGAAAAUGGUAUGAAGGUUUGUGUUGCAGGAGUUUGAGAGGAGAUAAAGUUUGUUAUCGGUGAUGAAUUUAUUCAGGGAGGGAAAGAUUCCAUUGAAAAAUGAGUGUUAACUUACACCAGUUGCUUUGGAAUUUGCUCAGAAGACUGGAGAAGAGAGCAGAGAUUUGACAGGUCUACAUGCUGUUCUUUGUUGUUAUGAUGCAAUGAGGCAGUGUGGCAAGACCAUAGUGAAGGGUUAAAAUUUGUGGAUGAGAAGUGGUGUAUGUAUGAAAAAUAUGUGCAGAGCCUCUGCACAACAUUAUCUGUGGACUGUAUCAGCCUUUCUCAGACUGUCAACACAGCCUUGGCAGAGGUGGUUAAUGAACAGAUGCAGUGCUUAGGAGUAAUACAGUCAGGGGAAGCUAGUUUAUAGCUAGUAUUGGCAGUGGACCAGAGGCUAGGUGUCCUAAGAGGGAGAAGUAACAAGCAGCCCAGGAACAUCUGCAGGUUACAUCCAAUCAUGACGGCAGCAAAAACACUACAGUUGUGUAUUGAGGAGAGGAGAGGAUAGCCAGGAGCAGCAGUCUGUUGUUCCUGCUAUCUUCUGUGGCAGCUAACAUUAGCCGACACUUUGGCUACCUGGCUAUGUACACUGCUAACUUUUUUACAGAUUGUUCACCCAGCAGCAAAAACACUACAAUGUGUGUUGAGGAGAGGAUAGCCAGGAGCAGCAGACUGUUGUUUCUACUACCUUCUGUAGCAGCUUACAUUAGCUGACAAGUCAGCUACCUGGCUAUGUACACUGCUAACUGUUUAAAAGAUUGUUCACCCAGCAGCAAAUCACUACAGUUGUUGUGUACUGAGGAGAGGAAAUGAUAGCCAGGAGCAGCAGCCUUUUGUUCCUGCUACCUUCUGUAGCAGCUAACAUUAGCUGACACUUUGGCUACCUGCUUAUUAACACUGCUAACUUUUUUACAGAUUGUUCACCCAGCAGCAAAAACCCUACAAUGUGUGUUGAGGAGAGGGGAGGAUAGCCAGAAGCAGCAGCCUUAUGUUCCUGCUACCUUCUGUAGCAGCUAACAUUAGCUGACAAGUCAGCUACCUGGCUAUGUACACUGCUAACAGUUUUACAGAUUGUUCACCCAACAGCAAAAGUACUACAGUUGUGUGUUGAGGAGAGGAGAGGAUAGCCAGGAGCCGCAGACUGUUGUUUCUACUACCUUCUGUAGCAGCUUACAUUAGCUGACAAGUCAGCUACCUGGCAAUGUACACUGCUAACUGUUUUACAGAUUGUUCACCCAGCAGCAAAUCACUACAGUUGUUGUGUACUGAGGAGAGGAAAUGAUAGCCAGGAGCAGCAGCCUUUUGUUCCUGCUAUCUUCUGUGGCAGCUAACAUUAGCCGACACUUUGGCUACCUGCUUAUGGACACUGCUAACUUUUUUACAGAUUGUUCACCCAGCAGCAAAAACACUACAAUGUGUGUUGAGGAGAGGAGAGGAUAGCCAGGAGCAGCAGACUGUUGUUUCUGCUACCUUCUGUAGCAGCUAACAUUAGCUGACAAGUCAGCUACCUGGCUAUGUACACUGCUAACAGUUUUACAGAUUGUUCACCCAACAGCAAAAGUACUACAGUUGUGUGUUGAGGAGAGGAGAGGAUAGCCAGGAGCAGCAGACUGUUGUUCCUGCUUCAUUGUGAAGUAGCUAACAUUAGCUGACAAGUCAGCUACCUGGCUAUGUACACUGCUAACAGUUUUACAGAUUGUUCACUCAACAUCAAAAACACUACAGUUGUGUGUUGAGGAGAGGAAAGGAUAGCCAGGACCAGCAGCCUGUUGUUCCUGCUGCAUUCUGAAGCAGCUUACAUUAGCUGACAAGUCAGCUACCUGGCUAUGUACACUGCUUACUGUUCUACAGAUUGUUCACCCAGCAGCAAAAACACUACAAUUAUGUGUUUAGGAGAGGAGAGGAUAGCAAGAAGCAACAGCCUGUUGUUCCUGCUACAUUCUGAAGCAGCUAACAUUAGCUGACAAGUCAGCUAUCUGGCUAUUUACACUGCUAGCUUUUUUACAGAUUGUUUUGCAUUACAAAUAUCUGAUGAAUAUAAAAAAAUCAGGUCUUUAUUUACAAUGUACCAAUAUAAUUUAUUCAGUAUUAGUCUAUUGUAAUGCCAUAAAUUACAUUUCUAAAAGUCAUUCUCAGUACAAAAUCAUGUUAUUGAGCAAAUGUUUCUAAGAGUCAAAGAGCUGUAAGUUUUUAACUCAUGAUGUGCGAGAGCAUUAACAUCAGUUUACCAGACCAACCAAAUCUCUUUAUAUGUGUAAAUGUCCAUCUCAGAUAUGGGUUUGUCUCACCUUUUUUUAUUACUUGUUUUGGUAAGUCUGAAUAUAUGGCUAACCCCCUAGACAAAGUGGCAGCUGCCAAACUCAUGACACCAAUAGGUGAGACAGAGGCUAAACAACAUUAACUGUUUAAAUCUAAAACCAGACUUUAAGUUAAGGCGAGGUAAUACAAAAUCUUUAUUAAAUUUGUCAUACAUUUGCAGUUCAAUUUUGUCUGAUCACAAAAAUAGCAUCAUGAAAAAUUGUGGUUUAACUUUACAUUUCAAAUAACUGGUCAAUAUAAAAAAUCUAAAUUAAUUCAUAAUUAAAACUAAUGCAGAAUAUUUUACAUAUGGUUGUCUUCUGAUGUGAUUGACUUUAUUGUUACAGCCUCUUCUUUUAAAUGCUCCAAAGUGUUUUUUACCAUAUUCACCAUAUUCUGGUGGAUGACUUCAGAAAAGCAGUAGCCACAAGAAGGCUUGUGCUCACAAAUCACUUAAUAUUAGGUGCCAGGGACUAAUGUUUUGAGAAAUCCCUUGGAGCAUUUCUAUAAUCUAAAGGUUCACAUUCACAAGCUAUAUAUAACCAUGAUGCUUCAAACCUGGACAACUAACUUUUGACGCUAAAUCAAAUCAGUUUACCAUUGAUUCAAAAAGGCUACCUUGGGAAAUAAAUAAAUAAAUAAAUAAGCAAGAUCUAAAAGCAUUUUUUCAGUUUUUAUCAUUAUGUUGCUGACUUCUUUGUCAUAAAUCUGUUAGUCACGAGCAACAGAUGAAUAUGGCUCUACCUUACCUUGUCCCAUGAUCUAUAACUUAAAACUUCUACUAUAUCCUUUCAUUCAAGUGGAAUGAAUAGUCAUCUUAAGUUAAAGAAGCUAGCUUAAUCUCAGAGGGCUGUUGCAUAGCAUAUUUCAAUCAAGUGUGUGUACAAGUGUGUAUGGCUGCAGUAUCACUUUUCACCACUAGGGGCCAGUACUGAGUUACCUCCCACAUACACACUUUAGCACACAAAUGUCGGUAAAUGUGUAUUCUGGGGUGAACCCUGAAAAUUUGACAGGGCACUAUUUUAACCAUUUUAUCACUGAAUAAUAGGUUACUUUUUGUGGGGUCCAGGAUUUUGGUCCCCACUUUAUUUUCAGUCCCCACGCUGUGAGUGGGCUAUCACAUCUCGGUACCAACAAUGUAUUAAAGACAAACACACACACACACACACACACACACACACACACACACACACACACACACUAACACACUGUGACAAAUAGAGUUAUCAUUAAAGUUAAUUUGUAUAAACUGAGGUACAGAGAAAAAGUUAAAGAUCAUUAAUAAAAAUGAGUAGCUAGAUAUCCCACUGAUGCUCCUCCUUGCCUAGGUUUGUUUCAUCCUGUUGCUUUUCUUUCUACUCGUAACUUUAAUUCUGCAGAAAACAACUCCAGCCUCUUGUUUUUCUCACUCUCACUCCCCCUCCAGGUGUUUGAGGAUGACUGGAUUCUGUCUCAAGCCACAGACUCUGGUUGUCCUUCAGAGAGUCUCCUAGAGGAAGAGGGAGCGCUUGAUAAAAUCCACCUGGACCUCCCUGCAUCCUCCAGCCACUGUAAAGGUAAUUUUAUCAUAAGUCACAUAACAAUCUUUCAAAUUAGCGCAUACACAAAGUCACAUCAGCCAAACUGCCUCUCUGUCUUUCAGCAAACACCAGCCUUAAUUUUUCACCAGUUCACAUCCCUCCUCCUCCUCCCUCCCCAUCCUCGCCUACCCAUGAGCACCUGGGGCUGGAGUGGGACCCUUCUGUUGAUAUUGGGCGGUCUGUCUCACCGGAUGAGGCUGACUCUUCGUACUUCAGUCUCUGCACAGGUUGGACAUCACACAACAUUUUCGAAAUCUCUUUAACGGCCAAAACAUAAAAAGAGAAAAGUACCCAAAUGUCAAAAAGUAAGAAUUUAUACACAACAGUGAAUGAUUUUACAGGCUUUACUCUACACAUCUUUAAAUAAUAAUAAUAAUAAUAAUAAUAAUACAUUUUAUUUAAAAGCGCCUUUCUGGACACCCAAGGACACUGUACAGGCAUCAAGAACACAGUUAAAACACUGUUAAAAUAAAUAAAAACAAUAUACAGGUAUGGAAAUGGACAGUUAAAGGGAAUAUGCAAUGCUGAAACCUUAGUUUUCCCUCAUGAUGUUCUUAUCAGACUUUUAUUUAUGAGUCUUUACACGAAAAAUCACAGCUUCUCCCUCCAGGCACCUGUGGACUGUUUUCAAGCGUGUUCAAAAGUCGAGAUAAGACUUACAGGCUAAUAAAUGUUGACUAGGGUCAGCUCCUCAACCUGAUCACUCUGCAGUUAUCACUCCUUUUUUGUUUUAUCUAUAAUGGAUGUACGCUAUCUUUAAUGGUGCCUGUUUGUGUUCAGGUCUGUGUCACAGGGAUGGUCUGAAGAGGCGGAGCUACAUCAGUUCCCUCGGCUCUCAGUCUGACAUCAUUAAUGACAUCAACAACCAGGAAGCAGAUUUGGUGAGUUUGAACAGGUUUUUGGUCCCCUAUUGAAUUGUACCACAUUGUAUCAAAGGAUAUCAGCCCUUCAUUGUGAGUUAUGUUCAAGUUUGAAGAGUUACACUGUGACCACCUGAAGUGGAAAGUUUGUCCAGAUUAAAUUGUGAUGAUUUUUUUUUUUUAUAUUUUGUUGUUUAUCACUCUCUUUAUCACACACACACACACACACACACUCUCCCUCACUCUGUGUCGGCUUCAUAAGCUGUUUACGGCAGUCCUCCUCUUCCUCCGCUGGUUUAUUGAUGACGUCUGCACAGUGUGGCUUGUCUGUACCUUGUCAGGUACAUCAGUUUCCUUUUUUAAGCUUUUAUUUUUGGAGGGGAGAAGUGUGUCAGCAGCUGUAAGAGAGAGCUGAGGCACAGAAAUGAGGAGGUAAAAAUGGAAAAGGAUGAGCGGUGACAAGACAGGGAAAGAAAUUAAAGAUGUGAAAUAAUUUGAGUUUCCUCUGUCUGCCAGCAGCUUCUCCUUCAGAGUGUGUUUCUCUAUUUCACACACACACACACACACACACACACACACACACACACACACACACACACACACACACACACACACACUGUUGCACUGUCAGUGAACCCUGAAGCUCAACAGGAGGAGAGAUGAGCGGAGAGACACAUGUACAACUGAAUUUGCAUCUGAUUACAGCUGCAGCAACCCAACAAAGAACAUCAAAGUGUGUGUGUGUGUGUGUGUGUGUGUGUGUGUGUGUGUGUGUGUGUGUGCACUCUGUCACCCUCUUUUAUUCCUUUUUUCACAAUCUUAUUUAUUAUCAGACAGAUAAAGGCGUGAUGCCGGCACACUUUCCCUGCAGGCUCGGCUCGGCGCUGUCUGUCUAGAGACUGCCAGUGGCUUUGCUUCAUUAAAUCUGCGACCCGGUGACCUCCUCCCCGGGUGCUUGCGUGCUGCAUGAAUUCUGAAUGCAGCUCAAAAGAGCAUCUUUGCAGAGUUUCUCUUGAAUACUACAAGAUUGUGGUGGCAGUAGUUUGUACCUCUGACAGGUUUGAGCUUCUGCGGGCUUUAACUUGCACUUUUUUAAAGCUACUGCACUGAAACUCACUAUUCCUGUUAGUAUGCUAUUCUCUUCUCUGUCCUCUGCCAAAUACAGCAAUCAGCCAUCGAGCAUGAGCGUAAAACUUUUGUGUGUUUGUUUUCUGUGCAGCGGUUGGAGGAACACAUUGGCCACACCCACCAGAGUGACCUCUCCCAUGCAGCGCCGCAGGGAGACGAGUGGGUGACCUCGACCCCUGGAAGAUACGACAGAGAGAUGCUCAGCUAUGAUGGAGGCCGUGUGAGGGCGUGGCUUGGAGUUGAAAGCUCUGCCCCUGCAGUGAGGAGGACCUGCUCAUGUAAGGCUGUGCAGACUGACAGGGAGGCAGAGGCGGGUGGAGUCACUGUAAGUCACUGACAUUACUUUUAUUUAACAGCAUGUCCUUACCAAAUCUGCCUGUGGGAAGUUUGAUUUAGUGCAUAUUCAGUGGAAUGGACUCUUUCACAUGUAUUUUAAAAGUCCAGUUUCAGCCUCAGUUUCAGACUUCUUGGCAAACAUUACAGGGCUGUUAGUCUUCCAAUGAUCAGGAGAUAAUCAUGUUUGAAUUUGUAGAUUACAGCAGAAAUUAUUUUCAUUUAGCACUGAUAUACAGGUAGUAAUGUCCUUUUUGUCGUGGACAGUGUGACAUCUUGUGCAAAAUGUGGACAUGAAGUAGUUUAAGAACUUUUAAAGACAAACACAUGAGGAUGAAACCAACUCCAAGUCUGCUCUCUGCUGACCUUUUUCCUCUGGAGGUCAACAUUAACAUUCAGCACAUGGCGUCACAUGAACAUCAUCUGUGUGGGAGUGAGGUUAAGAGUGUGUGUUAAAAACCUCCUGAUCUGACAUGCUCACACACUCUCUCAGAGUAAAAUCAAAAAGCUGACCUCAUGCAGGAUAAAAGCACAAUUCUGACAAAUGAUAAUAAGAUCAGAAAACACGUCACAUUAUAUAAAGGUAGAGGAAACACAGCUUCACUUUGCACAGUGCUGUAUAUCACAGAGAAUCAAACACGCCUCUGUGUCUGCGCUUUUUAUUCUCCUGCUGUUUGAGUGUUUUUUUUUUUAGAUGCUGACAUCUCAGCAGGAGGCUCGGCGUCUAUUUUUAGACUAAAACAGCACAUGCAAGAGAAGGAAUAUGUUACAGAUCAGCUCAGAAGUUAACUGCAAACUGCAGCUAAUGUCUGAAUAUGAGUUUCCACUAAUUACAUCACAUUGGCUAAACAACAUUCAGUUCAUAUAUAAUUGGACAGACUCAGGAACAGUGUGUUCUAGUUGUUCAAAUACAGUUUUAAUAUGUCUAAUAACUACCAGAGCCCCAAUUUUGCUGUGCGAAGACCUGAACAACAAAUGUUUGUAUGCAAAACUAAAAGGAUUCAUGAUACAAUACAGUAAAGUAAAGCAUGUAAGCUAUCAAACUGUAAGAUACUAAGCAUGCCAGUGUUAGCAUUUAGCACAAGUUCAGGGGCAACAGUCAUAUAGAUUUAGUCACCAUUAACUUAAGCUUGUAUGAGAAUAGGAUCCCCUGUGACACUGAUAUGUAUUACUGUAUGUCAUCAGCGUACUUAUAGUAACUUAUUAAUUGUUUUUUGUAACAUAUGCCAGAGGAAGCAUGUGGAUGUUAAACAGAAGAGGCCCCAAGAUGGUGCCCUGGGGAACUCCACAUGUAACUUUUGUCUGCUCAGGCGUGAAGUGUACUCUCUAGCUUGCCUUUACCAACCAAAUUAAAACCAACACAAACAUGCAUCAGGCACUAAUGAGGGAGUCAUGUACUGAGACAUAUCUAACAUAUCCCAUUUUGCGGUCCCCUCUCAGUUUGUAUACCAAGAAAAAUGUUGUAUAUGUUGUAUAUCAGGCAGGUGCUUUGGCUUUAUUUCAUAGAAAUGUGCCAGAAUAUUUCCAAUAAUCUAACAGAUGUGAGCCCAGACCAUUUAUUAUCGUACAUACUCUUUGUCCCAGAUUGAUAGGUUGGCCCUCCUUUUGCAGGUCUAUAAACACACAAGCUUACAACAACAAGUAUUAGUUAAACAGCCGGUCUUUGUUAGUGUUAUUUCCCAGUUUACUUAGCACUGUGAGCAUAAGUCCCUGCAAACACUGCGACACUGAGUGAUAUCCUCUCUUAUAAGAAGCUUCAUCAACAUUCAAAGUCAUGGGCCUUUAUUUUCCUGCUCAUCCACCUUUUGUAAAGAUGGAUUCCUGUAUAACUGUCCUCCACCCCUCCUCUGUUUUCUCAUUUUGUCUCUCUGGCUUCAUGUUUCUCUCUCCUUUGGCCCCAGUCUUUAUUUUCUCUCCCUCUCUCAUUACCGUCCAGCCAUCUAUUUAUUCCCUUCUUCCUCUGCCGCUCCUCGGCUGGGCGAAUGAAUCCAUAAAGUCUUGAUUUAUGCAUUGAGUCUGGCUGCACUUUUACUGUGGCUAUAAAAGCAGGAGAGAAACACCUAGACUUCCUCCUUCCCUUCCUUCCCCUUUACUUCCUCCCUCCCACAUCUAUGUUUUUCCUCUGUCUGAAAUACGACCACUUUCAGAUAACAGGCCGUGUACAGGAAGAGGAGAUAAACAGAUGAGCGGCAGAGAAGGAGAAGAAAAGUUGUAGACAAGUUUAUAAUCUGAUAACAGAGUGUGUGCACCAGUUUGUGAGUGUGUGUGCAUUAUAAUUAGAAAGAUUUGGCGCAUUGUCACUUGCAAUAUGCAAGUUUGAUUGAAUGCGUGUUUGCGCGUAAUAGCAUUGGCACUUUUUAAUAGAGGUUCAUUACCGACUAAACUAUCGAGUGAGCACCAAAGAAACUGGAGCAGAAACCAACCUGCAGGAGUGAAGGAGAGAAUCAAGAGUUUAAUCGUUAUUUUUGAACAGCCCAUGUACUAACUGAGAACUGCUCUUUCAAAGUAAAAGCACCUCCUAUUUUAGGAAUGCUCUAUCGCCUCUUAGGGGAAGUUUUGGCCCCUUUUAAAAGAGGUCAACGAAAAAUCUCACAAUCUCAGUGCUUUUCAGGAACAAGCAUCCAGAGGGAGUCCAAAAAAGUCAGAAACAGUCAGGCGGAUGGUGUUUGCCUCAAAUAAAACAAACACAUCCCAUGAAUAAGGAAGUCUCGGCUUUCUGAAGAUGAAUUAAAAAAUCUGAUCGAGUCUGAGAUCAAUCAUGAUCAGUCAGUCAUCCUGUGUAGACUUCUGAAAACAUGAUCUAGUUUUAACCUGCUCUAAUCCAAAUUUAACACCUUCAACUGCUGUUGAUUUUACAGUGUAACCUUGAUGGAAGCUACAUCAACACACCCAGCAGCCAACAUCGCCAAAACACCCCAAAGCAGCUUCUUCAAGCCCACCCCCCAAGUGCCUCCACUGAUUGGUUGAAGCAUCCAUCAGAUCCUUGGGUGCGUGUGGUGUCAGUUGUUGACUUUGGAUUUGAACACAAACUGUAUGUAAAGUGGACCAAGCUGCUGAGCAUGUCUCAUCAGUAUCUAAUCUGCUGUACAAGACCUUUGACAGUCACCAAUUCAAUCUUUUGGUCUCCAAAAGUGACAAGAAACUGUAGUAAGAAGUGGAUGUAGCAGAGAAAAUGUUUACAUGGUGAAUACACUUUGGAGGUGUGACUAUGUUGUGAUGAAGAAGUUGCUAUUUCUGCAACCUAAAGAACUCGGUAUCUGCACUUUUUUUUGUUUUGUUUUGAAAAAUAUUCUCAGCUCGAGAAAAGUUUGCAUCAUAAUACCAAGUUAGCUACCCUUUCUAUCAGAUGUGGUAACUUUUGGUGCCAAACACAGCUGUAAACAUGUUUAGUUCCACCAUAAAGGUAGAGGGCUCUAUGGGAAUUGACUCUCCUUCAAAACAAGCCUCAGGUGGCCAUUUGAAUAACUGCAGUUUUUGGUACUUGAGCAUUGGCACCAUUGUUCUGCCUUCAAAGUUGCAGUUUGGCUGGGAGUUGCUUUGUCGUAUACUUCUGUUAGCUUUUGAAUCACCCCCUAGCAAUAGUGUUGGGUGUGGCGCUUCAAACUUUAAUUUAAAAAAGGGUUUAAUUUACUCACUCUUUAGCUGCACCAAAUUCACGUUGUCUCUGGGGGCAGCAUCACCCUCUGCAGCAUAGUGUCUGUAGGAAAUUAAUAAAGAGGAGUUAAUGUCCACAUCAGGUAAACCUCAGAGAAGCAUGUGCAUUUCAAACUUUGGGAAGUUACGCAUCAAGUUCAUAACUUUCGAACAUAAUGCACACUUACAAAGGACGUUAAUGGAAAAUAUUUCCUCACUGCAUUCCUCCAAGUAUAUCAUCCAUAUGAUGUAAUCAUGCUUCAACAUCUGGGUUUACUACAAGCAUGUCUCCAUCAGAAGUAGGCUCUUUUUUUCAGUAGGCUGCAUUAAAACCAUCAGAGGACCUCUGAGUCCAGAAAUAUGGUGAAUUUCCUGCAUACAAAUCACAGACAGGAUUGACUCACGUGGGAUUAAAACAGAUAAAUGAUCAGAGAUGGUUUGACUGAUCCCAUUCACCUCAGUCUUCAAAAUCAGACAAGUUGUCUGUAUUCCUGGUUGCAGCUUUCCUGAAAAGAGACUUGUUUUGAUAGGAGAUAACACUGAGUUUGGUCUGCAGCUGAUUACAUUAGUUCACAGUCAUUAAAGUGUCAUAAACAAAGUGAUAGUGAUUUAUUGUUUGAAAGUCUUCCAAACGACACAUUACAACAGUAGCAGUUAUGUUACUCGUGCUCUGAGAGGAGAGAGAAAACUCUGUGUGUAUUUUCAUGUGAAACUUUUAAGCGUUGCCUAAAGCUGCGGUGGAUCAACACAAAAUCUCUCUGUUCUUCAGGCUGAAGGAGAGCCGCCCUGUUGUGAGGAAGCUGAGCACCGUUUCUCCGAACGAAGGUGAGAAAACACUCAAACCCUUUGAGUUUAGUACAGACACAGCAAUAGAGAUGCUGUAAUUUGCAUAUUUCUGUGAAACCGCAGAGAUCAGGUGAGCCGUAAUUUUAUUCAUGGAGAAAGUACGUGAAUCGGUCAGAUUAUAUUUAUUCUCAGUCUGCCUGUUUUUCAUCUCUGUGAUUUGUGAAUGUAUUUUGACUCAACACAAGUGUGAUCUGUAUUCAGUGAACUUGAGUGAUUUGAAGCUUUGGAGCCUGUAGAGAAACAGAAACGGAUAAUUUCUUAGGUAUUAAGUCUGAACUUUGAGGUCUAAAUGCUGAGAAGGAAGUUUUUAUCAUACUUGGAUGAGUUAUAUUUCAUUAUAAAACAGCUUUAAGGUUUUGAUUUCUGCAAGUUUUAUUUAAUGCAAGACUACAUUAAAAUACCCUUCUACAAAUUAAUACAGCUGAGAACUCAACCGAACACCAGCAACGUCUCUGAGCUGUUUUUUUGAAACUGAUUACAAAAUUCUGUACUAACUGAGCAUAAUUACAAAUGUGGAGGCCCAUAAACUAAAGAAUGAUGAUCAUUUCAUUCCCUGAAGUAAAUAAUGAAAUGCUGUAACAGCUCCGCACCACAAUCCAUGGUGGUCACCACCACGAAUUAACUCUGUUUCAAGGAGAUAGUGCUGUGGAUAUUUACUGACUUAAUUUGCAGAAAAAGUACUCUAAUUCAAAGACCCAAGAGAAGAAAUUCCAUUAUUUGGAUCAUAAAGGACAAAAUUAAAACCCUAAAUUAAAUUUUUCUUAUUAUUUUGUCUAAAAAAAGUUCAGUAACGAGGAAACAAAAUAAUGUUGAAACGUCUUAUUUUGGUUUAGCAUGGCCUGUGAUUUGUUGUUGGUAAUGCACUGCAGUAGAUUAUAAUGAAUCAAAGUGGGACUGUUGGGUUAAUGCAGUCAUGGAAAUUAGAUUUAGGAACAAAGUUACCACUAUUUUUUCUUGUUUUCGUGAAGUACUUAGAGUCUGAGUUACAAGCAAACAUACAGGUGCAGCUUGUUGCCGCAGGCAGCGGUGUCACGGAGCUCCAUCUUAAUAAUCUGAUUCUUUUAGAGUUUAAGUUACAGUCACAAUACAAAAAGGUUGUCCCUCCCUGCCCUUCCUUCACAGUGUGACCUCCAGCACCACAGCAACCCCCACCUCCUCCUCUCCCUCCCUGCUCCCCCGUGCCCUUCUCUACCUCCUCCUGGCUGCAGCUCUCGUCCUUCUGGUCUUCUAUGUGAUCUGGGUCAUCUUGGAGCCACCGUGUCAUCGCAGCAGCAGGAUGCCUCGGAGCUUCCACCUGGGGCUCAGAUACGUCAACGGACCCCCGCCUACCUGAAGACCCUUCAGAGACUCUCAUGGAGCCUGGACAGAGCACUUUCCUCAGGAUUAUAUGUCAUCAUGUGGCAUCAUUAAACUUUUCAGGUUUAUGUUAAGACAGAAAUCUGUAGAAGAUCAGUGAAAUAGCAGCAAAAUGGUGUUCUUGUAUAUCUACCCGUCUGUCUCUGAUGAGUCCCACUGUAGUUUAAAAUGUCCAUCAGCCUUCAGGGUUAACAGGUCAGUAUGUUCACAUGAUUUCAAGAGGUAAAAAUAACCCCAAAAAAGUGCCCUUGAAACAACAAAUAUGCCUCCAGUUUUUCUCAGAUCAAAAUAAAUGAUUUAAGAUAGUAUCAUCUGGGAUCUUGAAAUAACUCUGCUGCUUUUAAAAACAACACUGAUGCCGUCCUUCAAUAAAAACCAGCGUGUUUUUUGGUCCAAAACAGAACCUGGUUUGGGGCCAAAAGGAGACAAACCAUCUCUGACUUUGCCAGGUGCAAAGUAUUAAUUCAGUUUGAUCUCAGAGCCUGUACCUUGGACGUUAAAUGUAAAUAGCUGAAUGUUUAUGAACUCACAGGAAAUGAUUAUAUAAUAGACUAUCUUUAUAUUUUGUAAAAGCAUCAUAACUGCCGCAUUUCAUAAACUGAUGCUCCGUUGUCUCUAUAUUUGCUUGUUCAGAGUCCAAACUGCUGCUGUGCAGAGUUUUCAGCUCUGUUUGUUUCUGCUUUUAUGUCAAACUUAUGUCCCUUCCUAUGGGCUAAUGCUGUCAGGCAAAAACUACAUGUUGAUGUUAAAAACCAGAUAGAUGUUUGACAUUUGAACUAAAACAGAUAAUAGUACUUAAACAGAUUUAUCGGAUGUCGGUGGUUCUUCAAACUGCUUUCUGGACUAAUGUAGCUAAAGCUAACAAAGGUAGCAGCUAAUAAGCUAGUUUAAUAUUCCUGUUGUGGAUAAUUUGUUUGCGAAACACCGAAGAAUUUUGGACCUUAUAUGAAUCACUAACUGCCACGUUACAGCAUGACAGCACUUAGAUUGUCUGAUUAUAAAAGAUGCAUGAACACAAGUUGUUCAUGAACUCUGCAAAAAGACAUGUUUGAAAAUAAUUGAUGUCGACAAAGUUGAAAUAUUUGUAUUUAUAUUUUUUGGCCUUUCUCCGAACCGUGGUGUCUUAAAAGAACAACCCUCUGCUUUUGUUUAGGCUUUAGUUAAAGUUGACUUUUUUGAGACAAAUCUGCUUGCAGAGACUCGGACACUGCUGCAGAGAGAUAAUCUAUCACCGCCUGGAUGCAGCCUUUAUUUACUGUAGUCAAACUUUACUUAUUGUUGUGUGCGGUGAGUUUGUACAGACCAUAUAGCUCCUCUUAAGAACAGUAAUUUCACCGCGCCCUAAAUAAAAGCCAACCCAUGAUGGAUUAUCUGUGUUUCAGUUCAUUUCAGGUCUCUGCAGGUUGAAUUUAAAGCACAAGUAAACUCUCCAGCUCAUUAUUUACAGACAGUCAUGUGUGGAUGUGUUCAUACAUGCAGUCUAUUCAGAGAGUUGCAUGUCAAAGGGAUUCAUUGAUAAUAAAAUCGGCUGUAGAGCUGAUCACAUGCGUGGAGUGCUGAGUGAUGCUGUUAAAGAGGUUUAUGCAUGAAAAAACUGAAGUGUAACAGGUGGUAAAGUGUGAGAUGAUGUAUUUUUUUUCCUUGCUGUGGAUUUCUUUUGUUGUUCAGUAAUGGUGUCAAAAUGUUGUUUUACAGCUUAAAAGUGAAUCCUGUAGUUUUUACAACUGUACUUGAUUCACAUUAAAGGACUUAAAGGUUCAAAAACCUUUUUGAAUCUAGUGUCCAGAUCAUGAAACAGACACCAUGUAAAGUGGACUGCAAACGUCCUAGGAGAUUUGGAACUGACCUCUAUAACACCAAAGUAACGAAACGAAACCACAAAAUCUUCUGAGUCAGUGGCAGAGCAGCAACUCCUGUUUUCAGCGUGUUAAAAUUAUCGUUUUUAUCAGUGGAGGCUGGUGACUUUGGAAAGAGUGGUGCAAGAUCUGCUUUUGAUUAAAAAGCCAGUCUUCCCCCUCAAAAUCAAAGUCUGUCUCUGUAGAAAUCUCCUGAAGUUUCAAUUAAAUCUGCCCAGGUUUAAAGACAUUAAAAGUCGGUGCUGCCUUGUAAAAUAUUUUGCAUUUUAGUGACUGAAGAGUAGCUUGACUUUAGUGGAGUUUAAUGUGUUGCGUUUUUUUUCUCAGGGAAAGAUUUCUGCUUGAUGAUGAUAAAGAUUCAUUUUAUUGUUUUAACAAAAUCAUGAAAAAAGGAGCUGGGUAAAUUUACUGCCAACUAAAACAUUUCACCUUUUGUACUUGCUUUUGUUCAUGGC